AUGGCUCAAAUACGACUGUGGGUCCCCGUGCUGGUAUUUCUGCUGCAUUUGACCUUUGAAAUGCCGAUACCACUCACAGUGACCAGACAACUGCUGCAAUCGUGGGGGGCCCACCACACACAUAAUAAGUGGAUUCAGGUUGCUGAGAUGGUUGCGUUCUCUGCAAAUCAGACCAAUUGUGCCGUCUGCACUCUGGCCCCUGUAGAUGCUCUGGGAGGAAUGUCACUACUCCCUGUGCCUUGGAAUGAAUCCUUGGUUACGACUCCACUUGUUGUCUUCCAGCCUCUGGGCAACCAUUCUUCUUUAUGGAAUCAUUCCGUCCCUUUCCAGGUUCACAGGAUCACUGGCUGCCUUUGUGUCAACAAAUCAAAUGACGCCAGUGACGCUCAGACCUAUGUGGGCACUUCCCACUGCGAUCGUACCUUCCCAGCCCCAACUAACAUGCCUGAGUCCGAGACAGGAACUUUUUCUGGUUCCAAAUUGACUGCAUGCCUGGCCCGCUUGCUGACAGGCACCAUAUCUGCCCAUGGUCAGGACGUUUACUGGGUGUGUGGCAGGAAGGCCUAUCAUGCCCUCCCAAGAGGAUGGUAUGGGGUCUGUUUUCCAGCCUACUUAAUACCCCCCAUGUGGAUUCCUGACCAGAUACCCUCUGCACCCCCUAGAAGGAGGCGUUCGGCUGACCUGGCAACACUUGCAGGUGGCAGCUCACAGAAUUGGGGCAAAAAUCAGUGGCCUCCGGAAAGGAUCCUGGCCCAUUAUGCUCCAGCCUCCUGGAAUCGGGGAGAGAAAAUCUCUGGGGCAAGGGGGCCGAUCUAUAACUUGAACCGCAUAAUCAGACUCCAGGCGGUGGUAGAGAUUGUUGCUAACACGACAGCCACGGCCCUUAGGCUAAUUGCCACGCAAUUGGAUGAGACACGCAAUGCGUUUCUCUCAGUCCAAUUAGCGUUGGACUUUCUCCUGGCGCAACAUGGCGGUUUUUGUGCAGCGUUAAAUCUCACGGGUGGGGCCUGUUGCUUUAACAUCUCUGAUCAUGGUGAGGCCAUUCGCAAUUUGGCAGCAGGACUUGAAACAGUGGCCCAUAUUCCUACCCAAAACUGGGAGGGAUGGGACAUGUCAUGGCUUGACUGGUUGCCAAACCUAGGAUGGGUAAAAGGCCUGUUUUUGCUGCUGCUUGGCCCACUUUUCAGUUUGCUAAUUUUUUGCUUUUCUGUACCUUGCUUGCUGCAAUGCUUGCAUACAAUGACACGCAAUAUGAUUUCUCGCGUGCUUCGCCCCCAGAUUAUAGCUCUGACCCGAGAAUACCAGCCUGUGCCUUCCUGGGACGAGCCUUUUUAAGAAAAAGGCUGUCCAAAUUUGAGAGGUAUGGAACGAAGGGGUACAGUUAGGGUUACCCCAGAAAGCCCUAAAAACUGUUUGUGAAUCCCCCCCCCCCAGCCAGGCCUCGGAGUACGCAUUUUAAAAACUGCAUUUUCCUCUAAGACAAAAAGCAUGAGCUAAGCUGUCCUCUCUGUAACAAAAACGCUGUAGCAAACCUACAGCUGAGAACAGUGAAGCUUUUCGCUUCCCAGAUCCAAGAUAACCUUGUCCUGGUACAUUGACUUGCAACAUACUUCCGGGAGCAGAGCCAGAGAACGAAAAGCAACAUUUCUAUGUAAGAAUCUGUGAAGGGGGAGAGGAAAAAAAGGGGUUUGAAAAAAGGAUAAAAGCUGCUUGUAAAAUGUUUUCGGCGCAGCCUGUCUUUUGUGAACUGAAUCACACAGGUGCCUCUGCCCCCCCCCAUGGCAGAAUAAAACGCUCUUUCUCUGGAUUAACCCCUUGGUGUCGUUUGGCUCCUUUUGUCUCUGCUCGGGUGCAACAAUUAUUCCUACCCAUGGAUUAAAAAGGCUACAGUCACCCCCCACCAAAGCAGGCUCAAAGCUUCUCAAAGCUUUUCAAAAUCAUUUUCUCAGCAGCUAAGCAUCAGAAACAUUCCGCUCUGCUGUAACAAAGGUAGAGAACAGUCCAUUGUUUCUCAGGCCUUUCUCAUGUCUUCUGGCCUUGCUAAAGAACCACAUUGCAACUUGCUUUCUGUCCGGGAACCAUGCCAAAGCCCAAGAAUGAAACAACUGGAACACACUGAAACCCCCUCACCCCCUUUCCUGCCAAGAGUCCACAAUAGUUCCAAGACAGCUUUCUGUACAUGCUCAGGGGAACACAUCAUGGGGCAGGACUCCUGAGGGAGGAGAAAGGAGGAGGGAACUGGAAAGGGGUAUAUAUGUUUGUGCACAUGAUUGUGAACUCGUGCAUGCUUUUUGUGAACUAUCACACUUGCUCCUUCUACCAGUUCAUGGAUGGUAGAAAUAAAAGCCUUUUCUCCGAAACUAUUCCUUGAGUGUCUGUUGACUCCCAUUUUCCCUUUCCCGGGCGCAAUAUUUUUCCCACCUGAGGGCAAAGCCUCAUAAGGCUACACUUUCUGUUGGGGAUAAUUCACACUGAAAUUCCCAGGUGUCAAAAAAGGUUAUUUAUAUAUGCCACCACCGCGGCCCAUGUUUUUUUAGGCCCAAAAUGGAAAACGAGUGAGGUCCCAACCAAAGAAGAAUAGCAACUUAAGUUGACAGAAUAUGCACAGCUUGCAGACUUAACAUAUAGAAUAAGAGAACAAGGAAAAUAUAUGUUUUGAGAAGACAGGAUAAUGUUUGUUGAAUAUAUGGGAAAUAAUUGUGUACAGUUGAAAACGCUGGCAGCAUUAAGAUAUAUUCAACAGUGUAAAUAAGUUUUGAUGGAUUUAAUAAUGGAAUACUGAUUGGUAUAGUUUUUGUAAAAUAUGAAAGAAUUUAUGAUAUGCAAAAGGAACCUUGGAAAGAAAAGAAGGGAAGUCACUGAUAUUUUAAGGAUGUAAAAUGAGUAUUUUAAAUUGUAAAAUAGAAAAUUUAAUAAAAAUUAUAUAAAAACAGAAAAGGGUGAAUCCUUGGCAUGGAUUGUGCCCCCUUUCCCCUCCCUUUUAGAGCAUCACCCAGAAGGGCAGACUUUGACUCCAACCACAAACUGCCCCUACGAAACCAAGUGCGAAAGGCGCAUUGUAGCAUUUGCAAAAUAUUUUCCCACCCCCCAAUCCCCCACCCUCCAUUUCCUCCUGCAGGAGGGAUCCCCACCUCUGCUUAAUUCCACCAGAAGAGAGGGUGUUUUCACUACCUUGACUUCUGCUGGGCAGUUUUCUCAGCCUGGAGAAAGUUGCUGUUUCCCUCUGCAAAUUCUGGCAGCCUCUGGCUUUCUUCAUUCCUCUGAGAGGUCUGAAUAUGACGCAGGUUUUGAGUGCACAUUAAUAGCCGAAUGUUGGACAUAUGGAAAGCGAAAGUGUUUUCUUCUCAGUUGAUUCAUCCAGUUGCACAUCCAUAAAAGGAGAACACAAUAGCAUCAAAAGAGUCCAGCUGAUGGGUCAGGCAAAAGGGGUCUAUCAUUGUCCAGCAGCCUGAUGGCUCUGCAAACCAGAUGCCAUGACAGGAAACUCACAAGCAAGACGUAAGCUCAGUGGCUUUCCCCACACUUGGGGUAUUCAGAGGCAUAGGAGGCAGCCUUAUACAGAGUCAGACCAUGUGCCAUAGACUCAUUACUGCCCUUGAUCGGGACACUAGACCAGUGGAGGCAGCCUGGAAUAGCAUUAGCCUUUUUUGCUGCUGCAUCACACUGUGGGCCCAUGUGAAGCUUGCGGUCUGCUGAGGAAGGAACUGAUUGACAGUCUCAACAGAAGAAAGCCAGUUGCUACCGGGAUGCCAUUCCCUUCCAGAUGCCAGAGCACAGCUGGAAUACUGUGUCCAGUCCUGGGCGCCAUAGUUUAAGAAGGAUGUUGACAAGCUGGAAGGUGUGCAGAGGAGGGCGACCAAGGUGAUCAAGAGUGUGGAGACCAAGCCUUGGGAGGAACAGUUGAUGAGGUUGGGGAUGUUUAGCCCGGAAAAGAGGAGAUAUGAGAGCCAUCUUCAAAUAUCUCGUCCCAUGGAAGUUCCCAUGGAAGAGGGAGAAAGCUUGUUUCCUCCUGCUCUGGAGGGGAGGACUCAAACCAAUGCCUUCAAGUUAUGAGAAAGGAGAUUCUGACUAAACAUCAGAAAAACUUUCUGUCAGUAAGAGCAGUUCAGCAGUUGAACAGUCUCCCUUGCGAGGUGGUGGACUCUCCUUCCUUGGAGAUUUUAAAGCAGAGGUUGGGUGUCCAUCUGUCAGUGAUUCCUUAGCUAUGAUUCCUGAAUUUCAGGGGGUUGGACUAGAAGACCCCUGGGGGUCCCUUCCAAGUCUACCAUUCUAGGAUUCUGUGUGUACUGUAAAAAGGAGGCAGAUGAACUCCCGUAUCACCCAUAAGACUGUGCAAUAGAGCUGAUUCCCAGGCUGCAGAUCGCAAAGAACAAGCUAUCUGCACUCUGGGAAUGUGGGCUGGUUGCUCCAUGGGAAGUCCUAGACAAAAAUCUUAAGAAGGGCUCAUCCACCCUUCCACUGCUUAUGGGGACACCCAUGCCGUUUGUAAAGAAAACAAACACAGAGGAGUUGAGAUCUUGCACUGACUUGAAAAACCUCAACCGGGUCCUGCUGCCCAACUGCUACCUGCUGUCAGUAAACUGGAGAAGCUUCUCCCCCACCUUUUUCUGGGCGUUUGUGCUGGUUGUGCAGACUCAAUUUCGCCACUGAAUGUGUCCUGGAAAAGGAUCUGUGGCCAACCCCACCUGCACGCCAGAUAGCCUUCUUCAUGUGCCUCCUCCACAAAAGGGUGGCAGCAUGAGGACAGGGCCUAUUCUGCAGUGGCUCCCCAUUGGGGAAUGCUCUCCCCAAGGAGGCUCGCCUGGCACCUUCAUUAUGCAUCUUUAGUGCCAGGCGAAAACGUUCCUCUCCAACAAGGCCUUUGGCAGAUUGACAUCCAAAGCUCUUUUAUAUGUGUUGUGCCAGGGGGAUUAUUGGUUUUUGUUCCUAUAUUUAUUACGUAUUUCAUCAUCAUCAACAUCAUCAUCAUCAAUGCCACCCUGAUGAAUAUACCUGUAUGCCAGAUACAUUUACAAAUACACACUUGUUGCCUUCACAGCGCAUAUGUUUCACUCUAGUUCUAUUCAUGUGAAAUAAUGUUUGUGCACAGCGAGAGUUAGCCACAAUCGAAGGCAGCGAUGCUUAUCCCCUCCCCUGCUCGGUUGGCGAACCUAUUUGGGCUCGUCCGUGAAAACUGAUGGAUCCUGAUAGAUUCCGACAAGCCUUGCGGGACCCUGCUCCUCCUGGCGACUCAUUAGAUGACCUUGUUGAGGACUGGAAUAACCGGCUCUUGGCAGCCAUUGAUGAGAUCGCGCCUAAGCGUCCUCUGCGACCCCGUCGAAACCGGGCCCCUUGGUUUACUGAGGAGCUCCGGAAAAUGAAGUGGGAUCUCAGACGGCUAGAGCGAGUAUGGCGACGGACUUGUGACGGAGCCUCAAGAACAUCUUAUAGGACGCUUAUGAAAGCCUAUGAGAUGGCUAUGAAAGCUGCUAAGAAAUCUUACUUUGCAGCUUCCAUUGCAUCCGCUAGCUCUCGCCCGGCACAACUUUUAGAAUAAUUAGAUCAAUAACGUCCUUAGGAGGACAACCAAAUUUAAGCACAAAUUCGACCCACAGCUGUGAGGCAUUCGCGAGCUUUUUUGCGGAGAAAGUCCUGUUGCUCCGCCGUGACCUCCCUGCCAAUUCAGAUACAGUGACUGAACUGGAGGCCCCUCGACUGACUUCAGGUCCAGUGUUGGACCAUUUCGAUCGAAUACUCCCUGCUGAUGUGGAUAGAUUCCUCCAAGUUAGUAGGCCCACCACCUGCCUCCUUGAUCCGUGCCCGUCUUGGCUGAUUAGGGAGUGUCCAGAUGUUGCGCGGACCCCCCUGGUUGAAAUUAUCAAUUUGUCCCUUGACACGGGGACAUUCCCAGGGGACUGAAGGAAGCAGUGGUAUGUCCACUCUUAAAGAAAACUUCAUUAGAUCCCUUAGACCUAUCCAAUUACCGCCCAGUUUCAAAUCUUCCAUAUCUGGGUAAGGUAAUUGAGAGAGCGGUUGCUGAACAGCUUGGUAGGUUUCUGGAGGAAACAUCGGCUUUAGAUCCAUUUCAGUCCGGUUUCCGUCCUGGACCGAGACGGCUCUGGUUGCCCUAACAGAUGAUCUCCGUAGACAGCUGGAUCGAGGCGGGUCAGGACUGGUGAUCCUUUUAGAUUUGUCAGCAGCCUUUGACAUGGUCGAUCAUGAUCUUCUGGACCACAGCCUCGCAGACGUGGGGAUACAAGGCAUAGCCCGUAACUGGCUGUGCUCUUUUAUCUCUGGUCGGGGACAGAGGGUGGCACUAGGGAGGGAAAUGUCGUCGCGCCACUCCUUGGUGUGUGGAGUGCCGCAGGCGCAAUUCUCUCCCCGAUGCUUUUAACAUCUUUAUGCGCCCCUUUGCCCAGAUUAUCCGGAGCUUUGGGCUGGGCUGUCACCAAUAUGCUGAUGACACUCAGCUCUAUCUGUUGAUGGAUGGCCACACCGACUCGGCCCCGAACACACUGACCAGAUGCUUGGAAGCUGUGGCUGGAUGGUUUCGUGGGAGCCGAUUGAAACUAAAUCCUUCGAAGACAGAGGUCCUAUGGCUGGGUCGGGAUGGCAUGGGGAUGAGGGACCAACUCUCUUCUCUUGCAGGGGCCCAAUUAGUGCCAUUGCCUUCCGUUAAGAGUUUGGGUGUAAUCCUUGACGCCUCCCUUUCCAUGGAGGCGCAAGUUACAGCAACAGCCAAGGCGACAUUUUUCCACCUUCGCCGCAUCAAGCAGUUGGUCCCUUACCUUUCCCGCCCGACCUGGCCACAGUGAUCCAUGCGACGGUCAUCUCCAGGCUUGACUACUGUAAUUCGCUCUACGCGGGGCUGCCCUUGAAGCUGUCCCAGAAACUCCAGCGGGUGCAGAAUGCUGCAGCGAGGCUCCUCACGGGGUCUCUGCCAUGGGAGCAUAUUCACCCAGUGCUUUUCAAGCUGCACUGGCUCCCGGCGGAGUACAGGAUCAGAUUUAAGGUGCUGCUUUUGACCUUUAAAGCCCUUCAUGGCCUAGGACCCUCGUACCUACGGGACCGCGUCUCCUGGUAUGCCCCACGGAGAGCCUCAAGGUCCAUAAAUAGCAACACCCCAGAGGUCCUGGGCCCUAAGGAAGUCAGAUUAGCCUCAACCAGACCAGGGCCUUUUCAGCACUGGCUCCGGCCUGGUGGAACGCUCUGCCUCAUGAGACCAGGGCCCUGCAGGAUCUGAUUUCUUUCCGCAGGACCUGUAAGACAGAGUUGUUCCGCCUGGCCUUUGGCUUGGAGCCAAUUUGAUUCCCUCCCUCUCUUUCUUUUUUCUUUUCCUUCUCCUUCUGCGAUGAGGCUACAUUUUAAUAUUUUAAUGUUUCAAUAGUUUAAUGUUGUAUUUUUUAAUUUUGUUUAAGUUGUAAUCAUUUAACUUGUUUUUAUUAUUGCUUGUAAGCCGCUCUGAGCCCGGCCUUGGCUGGGGAGGGCGGGGUAUAAAUAAUAAUAAUAAUAAUAAUAAUAAUAAUAAUAAUAAUAAUAAUAAUUAUGAACUCCAGUUGCUGGAAACUACAGAAGGGGAAAGUUGUUCUUGAACUUGGGAGCAUCUGGCUGGCCACUGUGAAAACAGGAGACUGGACUGGAGAGCUCUGUUGGUUAGAGCGUGGUGCUGAUAAUGCCAAGGUUGCAGGUUCAAUCCCGUGUGGGACAGCUGCAUUGUGGGGGUUGGACUGGAUGAUCCUGGGGUCCCUACCAACUCUUCAGUUCUAUGAGUCUGUGAUUCGAUGGGCGGCUGGCCAGAUCCAGAAGGGCUCUUCAUAUUGUAGCAGGAACCCCCCACCCCAAUCAUUCAGUUUGUACAAACUUCACACACUCACACUCACACACUACAUAUGCCACACUUCUGUUAUAAAUUCAUUCCAAAAUCAACCAUACAUCGGAUUUGCACUGUUCCAUUUUUAUUUUACUCCAUAUGACAAGGACUAUCAAAGGGGGGUGGCUUGGUUCUGGUCAGCCAUAAUCCCUUCACCAUCCCAGCACAUCCACAGGAGCCCUGCCCAGUUGCUAUGCCAACCCUGAUGGUCCUAGACAGAAGACCAUCAAGAUCACAAAGAACUUGCAUAUGGGAGUGGAUUCAGCAGGGACUGAAACAAAGGACAAUGAUCAGAUCUUCCCUCUGGGGGCAGGAAACUGCCAACUCCCCUUUGUCUCCUGGAAGUGACUCAUGGGCAGGGGGAAAGGAGGAACCAGCCAGGUGACAGGACACUCAGGUUACCACCUCAACCCCUCCUUUCUGUAAUGUAUGCAUGAUGUUUCUGGGGGUGGGCUUGACCUAGAGGAUGGGAAUUUCAAAAGUUUUUAUAAGGUCUUGCACACCAUCUUUCUGGGUCUUUCCUCUCUCUUGCAAGUGAGGGGAACACCCUGUUGCAACAGUUCAAUAAAGGCCAAGCCUACAGGCUGCUGUUUUGCUCCACGUUGUCCUGGUUGGUGUCUUUGUUUUUGUCCAAGAGAGCCCUCGGAUUUUUCCGGUAACAAUAUGUUCUUAUGUUCUUACUGUUUGCCAAGUAUCCUGUUUUGCAUUGAAAGGUCCCUCAAACAAAAGAAGGAAAUGGCCAGCAAGAAAAGCAACACACCCUCCCUGCCUGUCGGUUUCCGCAUCUAGACAGGGUGUUCUCUCACCCCCCUUUUACUGUUUUAUUAAAUUUGCUUAGUAACAUAACAUUAUUAUAUAUAUUCUAUAAAACAAAGUAUACAAAACAGAAUUCAUUUAUACUACAAUGCAUAACUCUUGUUGUUGUUUAGUCGUUUAGUCGUGUCCGCCUCUUUGUGACCCCCUGGACCAGAGCACGCCAGGCACUCCUGUCUUCCACUGCCUCCCGCAGUUUGGUCAAUCUCAUGCUGGUAGCUUCGAGAACACUGUCCAGCCAUCUCGUCCUCCGUCGUCCCCUUCUUCUUGUGCCCUCCAUCUUUCCCAACGUCAGGGUCUUUUCCAGGGAGUCUUCUCUUCUCAUGAGGUAGCCAAAGUAUUGGAGCCUCAGCUUCAGGAUCUGUCCUUCCAGUGAGCACUCAGGGCUGAUUUCCUUCAGAAUGGAUCGGUUGGAUCUUCUUGCAGUCCAUGGGACUCUCAAGAGUCUCCUCCAGCACCAUAAUUCAAAUAAUCCCUUCAUGGAUCACUGCCUUGCCGUGGCGAAGGGACUUGAAUAACUCAGAGAAGCUAUGAGCUAUGCCGAGCAGGGCACCCAAGAUGAACAGGUCAUAGUGGAAAGUUUUGACCAAAUGUGAUCCACCUGGAGGAGGAACCGGCAAGCCACUCCAGUAUCCCUGCCAAGAAAACUCCAUGGACAAAGACAACAGGCAAUGCAUAACUACAUAACAUUAAUAUAUAUGGUUUCUGAAAAAAGGCUUACGUAACAAAAUCAAUUCAAAAUACCAUCCGGUUUACUUUUUUUCCUUUUUUCCUUCCCCCUCCCUCCCCACUCCAGCCCCCCCCCCCCGGUCAGGCCUUCCUUCUUUAUAUCUUUAUCCAUGUACACAGUCUGUUCAUUCGAGCUUGUAUGUUAGGGUUGGCUUCCCCUCUUUCUAUCCAGUUCCUGUAAAAUGCCCAUUUAUUUGUGAUUCUUUGGCAUUUAUUUUCCCAUCUAUCCUCUGCCACUAUCUGUGCGAAUAUUUCUGAUUGUACGUAUUCAAAAACAUAAUCAUUCCAUUUUCCCAUAUUCCAUUUGGCCUUUUCUUUCCAUCCCAAAGCAAGAACUGCCAUUCCAGCUAAAAUCAUAAUCUUGUACAACUCUUGCUUAUUACUUUUUACUUUCUUAUUUCCCAGUAUUCCCGAAAAUAACAAAUCCCUAUUAACUUCUAUGUUUAUUUGAAAUAAUCCAGAAACUGCUUGCAGGGCAGCAGUUGAAGAAGGAGCAAAAAGGGUUUUCUUGUGUGUGUGUGUGUGUGUGUGUGUGUGUUUCUUUGUGACUGGCUGCUCUCCCUGUGCAAAGGUCAGAGGGGGCAGGGUUUCUGUUGAGGCAGGUGAUUAGCUGUGGGAGGAGCUUAUCAGAGCUUGCAGGGCAGCAGUUGAAGAAGGAGCAAAAAGGGUUUUCUUGUGCGUGUGUGUUUCUUUGUGGCUGAUUGGCUGCUCUCCCUGUGCAAAGGUCAGAGGGGGCAGGGUUUCUGUUGAGGCAGGUGAUUAGCUGUGGGAGGAGCUUAUCAGAGCUUGCAGGGCAGCAGUUGAAGAAGGAGCAAAAGGGUUUUCUUGUGUGUGUGUGUGUGUUUCUUUGUGGCUGAUUGGCUGCUCUCCUGUGCAAAGGUCAGAGGGGCAGGGUUUCUUUUGAGGCAGGUGAUUUGCUGUGAGUGUAGCUUAACAGAGCUUGCUGGGCAGCUGUUGAAGAAGGUGCAAAAUGGGUUUCUUGUGUGUGUGUGUGUGUGUGUGUGUGUGUGUUUCUUUGUGGCUGAUUGGCUGCUCUCCCUGUGCAAAGGUCAGAGGGGGCAGGGUUUCUGUUGAGGCAGGUGAUUAGCUGUGGGAGAAGCUUAUCAGAGAUUGCAGGGCAGCGGCUGAAGGAGGAGCAAAAGGGUUUUCUUGUGUGUGUGUGUGUGUGUGUGUGUGUGUGUGUUUCUUUGUGGCUGAUUGGCUGCUCUCCCUGUGCAAAGGUCAGAGGGGGCAGGGUUUCUGUUGAGGCAGGUGAAUAGCAGUGCGAGGAGCUAAUCAGCGCAAGCACGGCAGCAGUUGAAGAACGCGCACACCGGGCUUUCUUGUGUGUGUGUGUGUGUGUGUGUGUGUGUGUUUCUUUGUGGCUGAUUGGCUGCUCUCCCUGUGCAAAGGUCAGUGGGGGCAGGGUUUCUGUUGAGGCAGGUGAUUAGCUGUGAGAGGAGCUUAUCAGAGCUUGCAGGGCAGCAGUUGAAGAAGGAGCAAAAAGGGUUUUCUUGUGUGUGUGUGUGUGUGUGUGUGUGUUUCUUUGUGGCUGAUUGGCUGCUCUCCCUGUGCAAAGGUCAGAGGGGGCAGGGUUUCUGUUGAGGCAGGUGAUUAGCUGUGGGAGGAGCUUAUCAGAGCUUGCAGGGCAGCAGUUGAAGAAGGAGCAAAAAGGGUUUUCUGGUGUGUGUGUGUGUGUGUGUGUGUGUUUCUUUGUGGCUGAUUGGCUGCUCUCCCUGUGCAAAGGUCAGAGGGGGCAGGGUUUCUGUUGAGGCAGGUGAUUAGCUGUGGGAGGAGCUUAUCAGAGCUUGCAGGGCAGCGGCGCGUGCCUAGCGGCGCGCGCAGUUUGAUCCAUCUUGUAGAUUUAGGGGAGCUAGUCUCAAACGUUUGUUGGGGGAGACCUAGGUUUUUUUGUGGGGGGAGUUAUUUUUCCUGUCUUCACGCUUUUUAUGAUGGAGGACUGCUGUAGCCACCCCCAACGACACGUUAACAAGAUGGAGGGGGAGGGAACAGCUGCAGUCGCCUGCGGUUCCUGCGCAAUGUUUGCCAUCUUGCCAAAGGUUGCAGGCAGCUUUACCUGCAGCAAUUGCAUGUUGAUUGCCCUCUUAAAAGACAAGGUCCAGCAACUGGAGGAACGUGUAGCUACGCUCCAAAGAAUUAGAGAGCUGGAGCUCUUCUUGGAAGCAACAGAGCACACCGUCUCCACCAAGGAGGAGACAGGGGACUCCCUGAGAAGGACGCUAGUUCACCAACACAGGAGCCAGAUAUAUGGAGAAACGUGACUCAGAGAAGUAGGAGGCCCAGGGUUCGCUCUGAUUGUUUAGAAAUACACAAUCACUUUGAGGUCCUCUCCCUAGCAUGGAAGACGAAGAGCAGACUCCAUUUGAGGAUCUCUCCUCAUUACAGUCGAUCAGGUAUAUGAAGACGAGCAGCAAAGUCAGUCCUCAGGGAAUGUGCAGGCGACCUUGGAGCGGACAGCUCACGGAAGAACCCCAACCAAACCUAAGAGGAGGCGUGUAGUGGUGAUAGGGGAUUCCCUACUGAGGGGAACAGAAGCAGUGAUCUGUGGGCCUGACAAGAUGUCUCGGGAAGUGUGCUGUCUCCCGGGGCUAAGAUCCAAGAUGUAACUGAACGACUGCAAGGAAUCAUAAAACCCACUGACAAAUACCCCUUCCUCUUGGUUCAUGUGGGAACCAAUGACACUGCAAGCAAUAGCCUCCAGAAGAUCAAAAGAGACUACGAGGCUCUGGGCAGGAAAUUGAAGCAAUUAAAUGCACAAAUUGUGAUCUCAUCUGUCCUCCCAGUUGAACGACGUGGUCCAGGGAGAGAGGGGAAAAUAGUGGAAGUGAACAGCUGGCUUUGCAAAUGGUGUAAACAGGAACGGUUUGGAUUCUUAGAUCACGGACUGCAGUUUCUUGAAGAUGGACUUCUGGCAAGCGAUGGGCUGCACCUCACAACGGUUGGGAGAAAUGUUUUUGCCAAAAAUCUCAGAAACCUCAUCAGGAGGGCUUUAAACUGACUAAUGUGGGGAGGGAGACAGUGCUCCUGAAGGUAGGAGUCUAUCAAUUGAUGAAGAUGAUCAUCCAAAUGUCAUAGACCAAAUGGAGCAAACAGCACGCAGACCUAGUGGUGGGAGGAAAAAAUCCUUAAAUAAGAGUCACGGGGGAAUGAUUAAUGGACUUCAAUGUCUGUACACUAAUGCGCAAAGCAUGGGAAAUAAACAAGAUGAGCUUGAGCUCUUGGUACAGCAAACUAAAUAUAAUAGGCAUCACUGAAACCUGGUGGGAUAAGUCCCACGAUUGGAAUGUAAUAAUGGGGGGAUACAAUCUAUUUCAGAGAAACAGACCAGACAAGAAAGGAGGAGGAGUGGCGUUAUAUGUCAGGGAUGUGUAUACCUGUGAAGAGAUCCAAGAUUUAGAACCUCAAAGCCAAAGUGAGAGCAUUUGGGUCAAAAUUAAGGGAGAGAAGAAUAACAGUGACUUCAUUGUGGGAGUUUACUAUAGAUCCCCAAGCCAAACGGAGGACAUAGAUGAUGCCUUCCUGGAACAGAUGGCCAAGCAUGCAAAAGGAAGGGAGAUAGUAGUAAUGGGGGACUUCAAUUACCCGGAUAUUUGUUGGAUGUCAAACUCAGCCAAGAGCAUAAGGUCAAACAGAUUCCUCACUGGCCUUGCAGACAACUUCAUUGUCCAGAAAGUGGGAGAAGCAACAAGAGGAACAGCCAUUUUAGAUCUGGUCCUAACCAAUGUUGAUGACCUGGUUAGUGGGGUAGAAGUGGAAGGAUCAUUAGGCGCGAGUGAUCAUGCUCUUCUGAAGUUUACUAUACAGCGGAAAGGAGCAGCCAAGCAUACUAGGACUCAAUUUCUUGACUUUAAGAAAGCUGACUUCAUAAAACUUAGGGAAGUGCUGGGUGAGAUCCCAUGGACAGUAAUACUAAAAGGAAAGGGAGUUCAUGAUGGCUGGGAGUUUGUUAAGAGGGAGAUACUAAAAGCACAACGUCAGGCAAUACCAAUGAGACAGAAACAUGGAAGGUGCCUAAAGAAGCCAGGGUGGCUAUCUAAAGAACUUUUAACUGAGUUAAGAUUAAAAAAGGAUGUGUACAAAAAAUGGAAAAGGGGGGAAACCACCAAAGAGGAAUUCAAACAAAUAGCCAGCACGUGUAGACACAAAGUCAGAAAAGCUACAGCACAGAAUGAACUCAGGCUUGCUAGAGAGGUUAAAAGCAACAAAAAAGGCUUUUAUGGGUAUGUCCGUAGCAAAAGGAAGAACAAAGAAACAGUGGGGUCACUCAGAGGAGAAGAUGGUGAAAUGCAAACAGGGGACACAGAAAGGGCUGAACUCCUCAAUGCCUUCUUUGCCUCAGUCUUCUCCGAUAAAGAAAACAAUGCCCGACCUGAAGAAUUUGGAGCAAAUGAUUCAGCAAAGGAAACACAGCCCAGAAUAACUAAGGAGAUAGUACAAGAAUACUUGGCUAGUUUAGAUGUAUUCAAGUCUCCAGGGCCAGAUGAACUGCAUCCAAGAGUAUUAAAAGAACUGGCAGAUGUGAUCUCAGAACCACUGGCAAUCAUCUUUGAGAAUUCCUGGAGAACAGGCAAAGUCCCGGCAGACUGGAGGAGGGCAAAUGUUGUCCCUAUUUUCAAAAAGGGGAAAAGAGAGGACCCAAAUAAUUACCGCCCAGUCAGUCUGACAUCAAUACCAGGGAAGAUUCUGGAGCAGAUCAUUAAGCAAACAGUCUGUGAGCACCUAGAAAGGAAUGCUGUGAUCACCAAUAGUCAGCAUGGAUUUCUGAAAAAUAAGUCAUGUCAGACUAACCUGAUCUCGUUUUUGACAGAAUUACAAGCCUGGUAGAUGAAGGGAAUGCAGUGGAUGUAGCCUACCUUGAUUUCAGCAAGGCAUUUGACAAGGUGCCUCAUGAUAUUCUUGUAAAGAAGCUGGUAAAAUGCGGUCUUGACUAUGCUACCACUCAGUGAAUUUGUAACUGGCUGACUGACCGAACCCAAAGGGUGCUCAUCAAUGGUUCCUCUUCAUCCUGGAGAAGAGUGACUAGUGGGGUGCCACAGGGUUCUGUCUUGGGCCCGGUCUUAUUCAACAUUUUUAUCAACGACUUGGAUGAUGGACUCAAGGGCAUCCUGAUCAAAUUUGCAGAUGACACCAAAUUGGGAGGGGUGGCUAACACCCCAGAGGACAGGAUCACACUUCAAAACGACCUUGACAGAUUAGAGAACUGGGCCAAAACAAACAAGAUGAAUUUUAACAGGGAGAAAUGUAAAGUAUUGCACUUGGGCAAAAGAAAUGAGAGGCACAAAUACAAGAUGGGUGACACCUGGCUUGAGAGCAGUACAUGUGAAAAGGAUCUAGGAGUCUUGGUUGACCACAAACUUGACAUGAGCCAACAGUGUGACGCGGCAGCUAAAAAAGCCAAUGCAAUUCUGGGCUGCAUCAAUAGGAGUAUAGCAUCUAGAUCAAGGGAAGUAAUAGUGCCACUGUAUUCUGCUCUGGUCAGACCUCACCUGGAGUACUGUGUCCAGUUCUGGGCACCACAGUUCAAGAAGGACACUGACAAACUGGAACGUGUCCAGAGGAGGGCAACCAAAAUGGUCAAAGGCCUGGAAACGAUGCCUUAUGAGGAAUGGCUAAGAGAGCUGGGCAUGUUUAGCCUGGAGAAGAGGAGGUUAAGGGGUGAUAUGAUAGCCAUGUUCAAAUAUAGAAAAGGAUGUCACAUAGAGGAGGGAGAAAGGUUGUUUUCUGCUGCUCCAGAGAAGCGGACACGGAGCAAUGGAUCCAAACUACAAGAAGGAAGAUUCCACCUAAACAUUAGGAAGAACUUCCUGACAGUAAGAGCUGUUCGACAGUGGAAUUUGCUGCCAAGGAGUGUGGUGGAGUCUCCUUCUUUGGAGGUCUUUAAGCAGAGGCUUGACAACCAUAUGUCAGGAGUGCUCUGAUGGUGUUUCCUGCUUGGCAGGGGGUUGGACUCGAUGGCCCUUGUGGUCUCUUCCAACUCUAUGAUUCUAUGAUUCUAUGAUCUUUUGCCAAUAUUCCUUAACCAGAUUACAUUCCCACCACACGUGUGAAUAUAGUCUUUUUUCCUGACCACAAUGCCAGCAUUUGGGACUAAACCCUUUCACUAUAUACACCAUUUGUGCUGGAGUUCUAUACCAUUUUAAUAAAAAUUUUCUACUUAAUUCUUUAUACUUUUCUAUUUUAAUAUUGUUUAUAUUCUUCAUCAGUUCUUGGGCCGUGUUUGGAUGGAUCAUACCAUCCUGCUCCCAUUUAAUCUGGAUUAUCCUUAUCAUUCUUUCUUUGUCGCUUAUCAUCAGUUUAUAUAACAUCCCUGCUAUCCCUUUCUCCAUUAUUUGUCUUUUGUUCAGUACCAUAUCUAUUUUCAUUUCUGUCCUCAUUGUUUCCUCUGCUCUUUCCGUUUUUAUUAAAUCAUAAAGUCCUUGCACUUUCAGCCAAUAUUGUUUUCCUAUUUUUUCUAAAAAACCUUUUUUUGUAAUUAAAUUCCCUUCUUCAUCGAACAUAUCUUUUAAUUUAUAAAAUCCCUGAUCUUCUAAUUUCUUCCACCAUCCCGGUUCCCUUUGUUUUUUUGUUUUUUGUUUUAAAAGAUAUUUAUUAAAAGUUUAAAAGUUACAGAAAAAAGAAAAAAAAAGAAAACAUCAAAAAAAUUCAACAAGACAUACAUUUCAAUACAUAAAAAAGGAAAAUAAAAAAACAUAAAACCCAAUACAACAAUACAACAAUAAAAAACACAGAUCCAAUACUCCAUAUCUUUAUCUUUCAUUUGCUUGUUUCCUCGACCUCCUCACACCUCCCUUUUUGUAUUCUAGUUUAGUUCAUUGUUUCAGCAAAUUCUUUCCAUCUUUCUCAAUUUUUGUUAAGUAAUUUACCUUAACGGUCUAACAUAUUAAUUCACUCAGCAAAUCCUUGCUAUCUUUCACUGUGUUCUGUCAUUCAAUUUACCUUAAUUUAUUUUAACCUUAUCUUACCAUAAAAUACCUUAAAUCUUAAAACUUAAUAUUUAUUUAUACAUAACUCCUUAUAUCAUUUCUACUAAAGCCAAAUAGUUUCAUUCCAACAUUUUUCCUAAUACUCAUUAAUUUUACUCUAAUUCUCAAAAUAAUUUCUUUUUAAAAAAAAAAAUUCUUCCAAUCUUCAUCCAACGUCUCUUCUUCCUGGUCUCGGGUUAUGUCAGUCCUUACUGUCCAUUCCAUCUAAUCCAUCAACCUGGUGCUCUUGUGUCCGAGGCUCUUAAGUCUCUUCCAUGCCCCUUCUGCAGAUCUUCUUCUUUUUAUACCUGCACUUUACCUUGUCUUCUAUUGAUCUUUUUCUUAGUUUCUUUCCUUUCUCAUUGAGGAAUAGGUCUCGGGGAGACUCCGACCCAAAAAUAUCCCCAUCUCCCCUCAGCAGAUCAGCCCAUUCCCCACAGUCCAUUCCCCACACUCAGCACUGUAGUCCAGAAAGUAUUUAAAAGCAUGUUUUAAAGACCCUCCAAAAUUAAAAGCCCCCACAACUCCAGACCCCCACUGGCCCACUCCAGAUUCAAUCUUCAAAAACAGCGGCUUAUGCUCCUGCAGGGCCACGGGUCUCUCAUUUGUGUUACUUGAGGUUCAACAGCGACCUCCUCCAUUAUCUUCUGCACUUGCACUUGCCCUGUCAAAACAAGUUCCUGAGUUGGUUCCUGAAUAGUUUCUAUAUGGAUAUUCGCCGUUUGUCCAAAGUUUUUGACUGCAACAGUCAUCAAAUCCAUCUUCUCAUGCAUCUGCUCCAACAAAGCGCUUGUCUUGCAAAAAGCAAGCACCAAAACUUCUAAACACAUUUUUAUUCAAGGCCAGAGUCUGGUCUCAUGAUCGUAAUCUCGCAGCUGUAAAAUCCCCAGAUCGACUCCAGCAACAAUUUAACAGACUCCCUCUAGAGGAGACAAUUUCUAUUUGUAUCCAUCUUUUGAAAGCAGGUCCAACAAAGGAAAAUUACUUUCAUUUUUCAUAUAUUUUGUAUCUUUUAAUUGCAAAAGGCAACAUUGGAAUCAGUUUGUUUCUCUUUUUUUAACUAUCUGUCAAAAGACGUUCCAUUCACAAUCAAUGAACUUUCCCAAGAAUUUCUGUCUCUGACACGCCGUUCCCAGGUUUGAGACGGUGGAAAUUGAUCUUUCUUUACUCUCUCUCCUGCAGGCUUGAACAAUUAAAAUUUCCCCCUUUUCUCCUGCUUCCAAGAGGGGUUUUGAUGGUUAUAACUGAAGGAAAUUUAGUCCUUCAUAUGCAGCUUACCAGACUUUAGCUUGCAAAUUUUUGCUUCAGUCUAUUUACAAAAAGCGGGAGGCGGACUUCCUGUUUAGAACCUUCCUGCUUCAGUGCCAAAUUAAAUGUUUCUUAAUCCAAUUUUCCGUUUUACUCACGGGUACUUGUUUAGAGUCCAAUUGUCCACAGGAAAAAGUCAGCGCUCUCCGGCAACAGCUGUGUGGCUUCACUCCGUAAAAGUAGCAGUCGAUUCAAAACACCGCGCCACUCACCCCACGUCGCUUCGGAUCCCCGAAAAAGGGUUUCCCUGUGAGUAGGGGAGGCACUCCUGGUGUCAGCCGAAUCCCACGUUCCCAGGCUUCCUCCGCCUGGGAUUUUUAAAGGGUCUCCGCCUUCGCCACGGCGGCAAGACCCGAUUUUCACGGAGCGGGUUCCUCCCGGUCAGAGGAACCCCGCCAUUGCCGAUGGCGCUAACCCGGAAGUCCAUCCCGGUUCCCUUUGACCCUCCUGCAUAUAUUUUAACGGCGUCCACCUUGAGUAUGUUGGCAUCUAUUUCGUAUUCCAAUUCCUCCAGAUUCCUAAUGCAGUUUUCCUUGGUCCUAUUGUCUUCUUAAAAGCCGUAUUAAUAUCUCUAUUAAAUAUCCCUUCUCUUCCUAUUCCUUCAUUUAUUUCAUUCUCCAGCCUUAUCCAUUUAAUCCCAUCCUUAUAUCCAACAUCUAUUAGAUUUUUCAAUUGGAAUGUUUCAUAGUAAAAUUCUAAGUUCGGUAUUCCCCAUCCCAUCUCUUCUUGAGAUGAAUAAUUUACUAUGUCUGGGGUUCUAACUCUUUUACUUCCAAAAAUCCAAUUUUUAAAUACCUUAUUCCAUGUUUUGAACCAUAUUUUCCUGAUGGGUAGUGUAAUUACUUGAAAUAAAUAUAAUAAUUUUGGUACCAGAAACAUUUUAACUGCUCUAAUCCUACCUAGAAUAGAUAAAUUCUUAUUUUUCCAUGAUUUUAUGUCCUUCUUGAUCUUCCUCCAUGCUUUUUUGUAAUUUACAUCUGAAAUCCUAGCAAUAUUUUUAAUAAUAUUUACCCCCAAGUAUUUAAUUUCCCCCCUAUUGAUAUCCAUCUUUGUCAUUUUUGCAAUUUCCUUCUUCUCCUCUUUAUUUACAUCCCAAAAUAAAAUUUCAGACUUCUCCAAAUUUACUCCCAAUCCCAACUCCUCUUUAAAACCCUUCAGGAUUAUCAUAAAUUCUCUUACACCCUCUAAGGGGUUUGUAAAUAAUAAUAGGAUAUCAUCUGCAUACAUGUUUAACUUGAUUUCUUCCUUUCCUUUCUUAUAUCCUUUUAUCCUUACUGAGUUUCGUAUUCUGUCUGCCAAGUACUCCAUACCCAAUACCAAUAGUAGUGGUGAGAGUGAACAUCUUGUUUAACUCCUCUUUGUAUGGUGAAUUGAUCUGAAAUCCCCUCAUUCGCUCUGACCACAGCCUUCCCUUCUCUAUACAAUUCCUGGAUUGCUUCCACAAAGUUCUCUCCUAAUCCCACGUCCCGCAUAAUAUUCCAUAAGAAUUUAUGUCUAAUCGUGUUGAAGGCCUUAUACACAUCCAAUUUUAAGACCACCAAUUUUCCUUUUACCCUGCUUGUUAAUACAUUUAACACAUUUCUUAUAGGAUGGCCUAUGUAUCUUCCCUUAACAAAUCCAUAUUGAUCUUCCUUAAUUAUUUUAGGUAGUACCUUUUCCAGUCGCCUUGCCAGGAUCUUUGUAAAUAUCUUAUAGUCUUGAUUUAAUAGGCUAAUUGGUCUGUAAGACCCCACCUCUGUAGGGUCCUUUUGUGCUUUUUCCAAAGGGUCUGGGGCUUUCCCCCCUUCUAAGAUAUUAUUAAAUACUUUUUAAAGUUCUGAGCCCAGGGUUUCUUUAGAAAGAAAGCCGAAUUCACAGAGCAUCGGGGAGCAGCGCUAAGAUGAGGUCCUGCGAUUUGUGAAAACGGCAUCUUUGAAGCUCUGGUCCCUGCCCUAGUGCCGAAAGGGGAGAGGGGAGGAGAAAACUGGCAGAUUAGGUGACUGUUAAGUUGUGGGUUGACAUAGCAGACGACACAGCGAUUUCUCCAAAGCAGCUCUUUAUUUUGUAAGCUGGAACAGAACUGAGCAGCAAACAGCUCAGCCGGCCUGCUUUUAUAGGCAGCCGGCUGUCAACAUUGUAGCAACAGCAACCCAGGGUUUCCCGCCUAAAAUAACUGAGGUGGACCUGAGUGAAAACUAUCUACAGUAUCCCCUGCUGGCCCAGGGUGAGAACUUCAGUACAUAACAGUGACGAUGUGGCUCUUUGAAAGUGAAGUCUUGUUUGGUGUGAAUAAUUAACUUCCGGAGUCGUCUCGCGUGUGUGGGAGAGACCCAAGCCAUUACAAAGGAUACCUGAACGCAAAAGGUUUAAGACUUGGUAGAGGAGAUGAGUUGCAGACCCCAUGUGUCCCCGUUCAGCUGAACUCUCUCAGACGCCCACCUGGGAUCUUCCCACUUGGCAUCCUUUCCCAGGACACUCCAUUCCAUUCUGCCUCCCACCCACUUUUCCAUUUCUUCCCCAGCAGCGACUCAGCCUUCCUGGGCCGCUGGGCUUUGGGCUGGUUAGUCUCCCCCAGGAAAUAUUUUUUCCUGAAAGGUGGUGGGAUGUGUACAUGUUGUGCUUCUUCAAACCUGGGGGUUCCUGCUACCCACCCAAAUCUGCUAAUAUUUCUGCUGUUAGCUAGAUAAGGAUUGGCAUUCACAGAACAAGCUUGCUCUCUCUUUCUGUGUACAAUCCCUUCUGCUUUCUGUCUUAUUUAAUAAUACACUGUAAUUUCAAAACAUACCACAGAUUGAUUGCUCAAAUGGACCGCAGCUCCCUCCUUUUUGGCUUUGCUAACCUGCAGCCACUUUUGUUAAAAUAGAUAUUGUUAAGUAAAAUGAUGUGCUGUUUCUGUGACUGACAUGCAUUAAAAUAAUAGGCGUGUUCCUUUCUAGGCCGAUAUGGGAACAGGAUGUGCAAUUUAUGAAAUUUAUGACUUGCUUGCUUGGAAAUCAGACCCUCCAAGUGUCCUUAUUUUCCAGAGACAUUCCUGAUUUACAGAAGCCAUCCCAGUUUCUGGUUUGAUGCCAGUAAGUCCCGCUUUUCCGUAGGAUGUCCCCAUUUUCACUGGAGAAAUGUUGGAGGGUAUGGAGUAAUUCGACCCCGAGCCGUCUGAGGGCAAUCCUGUAUAGGGAAGGGUUUUUUUAAUGUUUAAUGUUUUAUUAUGUUUUUAUAUUUGACAGAAGCUGCCUAGAGUGGCUGGGGCAACCCAGUAAGAUGUGGGGUAUAAACAGUAAAAUUAUCAUUAUGGAAUGGGACGUCCCUAUUUUCAUCGGAGAAAUGUUGGAGGGUAUGGGAAAUGUCAGGAGAAACUCAUUUGGCGUGUGGAUGUUACCUGCUGACUUUCAAAGGGAGAGCAGCUUGAUCUCUUUUGCCCUGCCAAUAAUUCCCUUCUGCAGCUGGAGUUUGUUCUGCCCCCAAAAUGGACCAACCUUCUGCAAAACACAGUCUCUGUUUCCAUUUCACUAGAAGACUAUUGCAAAGUUUGCCAUGGAUCCAGAUUCAAUAACUGCAGUUCCUCCCAUCACUGCCAGAUGUCACUGCAGCACCAAUCCUAGAGGGAUCAGCUGUCACCUUCUGCAAACUGGUUUUCAUUUGAAAAGUCCCCUUUCCAGUCUCCCAGAUUGCCAUUGGGGUCCUGUCCUGAAUGGAGGGCCAGGAUCUCUCUCUCUCUCUCUCUCUCUCUCUCUCUCUCUCUCUCUCACACACACACACACACACACACACAAACUCCCCUGCUGCGUGAUGCUUCCCUUGUGAGGGCGAAUAGCAGAAGAGAGGCAGUGUGUGGGGGGAAACAGGCACACAGCAAAUUCCUCCCCUUCCAUUUCGGGGCAUGCAUAUAGACAAUGGGGAGAUUGCAUUUUUGCAGGUGUGAUUGUCAAUGGAGAUCCCGGGGUGUUAGCUAAAUCUAGUCAAUGAAUCUGGAGUACACCCACAGGAGACAGACUUGAUCAUGAGAGGGGAAAUCUUACAUAUUACCAAUUUUAGUUUAGCAGAAUAUUUGAAAGCCCCGAAAUGUCUGCCAGAAUACAUUUGCAAUCUGAUUUAGAAUGUUAAUAAUCUGGUACAUAACACCAGUGCAGUUAGGGAAAAUGUACAAAACUAGUUCAAAUAUAUGUUGGAAGUGUAAGGAAAAGGAGGGAACAUUUUAUCAUAUGUGGUGGGAUUGUAAAGUAAUUUUAAAAAUUUGGGAAAUGAUAUACAAUGAAUUGAAGAAAAUGUUCCAUUUAACAUUUGUUAAAACCCGAGGCAUUUUUGUUGGGGAUUGUAGGGAAAGACCUGCCAAAAUCAGUUGAAAAACAUCUUCAUGUAUGCGACAACGGCCGCAAGAGUUCUGGUAGCACAAGGAUGGAAGACUGAAGAAACCCCAACUAAAGAAUCAUGGCAAGAAAAAUUGAUGGACUAUGCAGAACUGGCAAAAUUGACAUAUAAACUACGAAAUAAGGAUAACUGUGACUUUAAGGAUGAAUGGGAACCUUUCACAAAAUAUUUGAAGACGCAACAAAGUGAACUGGACUCCUUGGCAGGUUUUGAAUAAACAUUCACAAUUUUUUUACUGAUAAUAAUUAGCUAAACACUUUGAGGAUCUAUACAACUGUGUAACAUGCAGAAAAUAGCAUUAUUGGAGAAACCAAAGACUGGAAUUGAGGGAAGUUGGGGGUUGGGGUUGGGGUGAUGGGUUCUGUGGGGGGGAGGGGGGGAGGAAAAAUGGGGGGGAUAUGGAUAUGUUAUUGGAAAAUAUGUUUUGUUAUAACUUUGAAUAAUAAUAAUUUAAAAAAAUAGAAUGUUAAUAAUCUGAAUAAAUGGUUGAAACUGAACCAUUUGGCUAAGUUUCCCAGCCAUCCUAGUCAAUGUAGAGUAGUGGUUAGGGUGUUGGACUUGGAGAGAUCUCUGCCUGAGUUCUUGGGCAGACGUUGCCAGUCGGAAUCCUGGGAAAGAUGACCCCCAGGACUUCUCUGGAGUAAGGCAGGUUUAUAGGCAGACUCUUCCGCAGAAGCUUGCCUGGUGCUACCAUCAGUUUGGCCACCUGACAGUUCUGGAUCGCAGCGAGGGGCCUGACCUGAUCUGGGGCUGUCUCGACCCAACUUGACCCAAGCCUGGAUCCCUCUGAACUGGCUCAGGAUUUGGACUGAUGGAUUGUUGAUGAAGGACCCUGUGUGAGAGGCAGGGAAGUAAGGAUCUUCCAAGGUGGGAAGCUGGGAGAAGAAAGAGAAGCUCCCAGGUGAGAGCUGGGAGGCUCCACCCCCUUCUGUGCGCGUUAAGAGUUAAGAUCUACCUGUCAGAGAGGACUUUGCACCUUUCUUUCUCUUCUUCUUUAGAUCAGUUUGCUUUUCAAUGAAAUGUAAUAUGAAAAGUCUGAAUAAAACCUUAAUUAUAAAAAACUGGGGAAAGGAUUUGGGCUUCAGCUGAAUGUGGUGCCCAGCUCUGCUACCCAGCAUGUCCUCCUGGCCCUACUAAAAUCUCGUGCUGCCUCAGGUGUGGUAGAGACACUCUCUCAGCAGUCAGGCUGGGUUAAGGUCCAACUGCUGGUCCAACUUCUGUAUGAGGAACGGAUGCCAUCUUGUAAUUCGCCUCAGGUAGCAAAAUGUCUUGCACAGGCCCUGCUCAGGAGACACUGAUGAGACCCUUCUUAAAGAACAGAGUAGCUUUUAUUUAGAGGCUGUUUCACGGCACAGCUGCAGGAAGCAGGCAAGGAGCAGUAAAACAAGACUCCCCAAACAUGGGAGAAAUCAGUGGGCAGUUGUGGUUACAGCGUGCAGCGUUCAAAAUGCAAAGUGACAAGACAUCUCCGGCAGUCAAGUUUCUCAGCAGUCUCCCAAUGCAGGGAAAGAGGCAGGAUCUGGUCUGACCUAGUUGUCAGCCAGCAGAGGUGAUCUGGUCAUGCCCUAGUUCUGGUGAAUAUGGCUUCUAGGCAUGGAUCCUUCCGACUGGAUUUCUGAUUCAGCUCCAGGAAUUCCUUGGCAGGGAACCUCUUUGGCACUGCUGGUACAAAGAGCAAUAGAAUAUGCUCCCCCAAAAUACAGAUAUAUCCAGGGUUAAAUGCUAAGGAGUGUUUUCAAAAAGAAAUUAUAUCCUACUGGAUCUUCAAAAAUACAUCUAGAUGGCUAACAAUAAGAAAAUGAAAGAAAAAAUAUUACAAGUAAUCACACACACAGAGAUUCCAAUCAGUCGCCAGUUGAAAAUAUACUCUGGAAACCAAGCCUUAUGAGGAACGGUUGAGGGAGCCGGGUAUGUUUAGCCUGGAGAAGAGGAGACUAAGAGGAGACAGGAGAAACAUCUUCAUAUCUCUACUCCAGAGGGUCCAGAGGCUCCAGAGGGUAGGAACCAGACUCAUGGAUUCAAGUUACCAGAAAGGAGAUUUGACUAAAAAUUAGGAAGAGCUUUCCGAUGGUAAGAGUAGUUUGACUGUGGAAGAGACUGCCUCUGAAGGUUGUGGACUCUUGAGGGCCACUAGGGGGCGCAUCAGAAGAUGGCUGACAAUAACAUCUCUCCGACCCACACGAGGUAAUUUGGAGGCUAUGAUGGGAGCAAUUAGCCUCCCUACCCCCCCCAGGAUGUGGGGGGGACUGCCCUUGCCUGCUGUGCCCUAUACCACCCCCCCGAAUUUGUGGGGAUGGGGGCACUAGGCACAAAGCCCUCCUGUGGGAUUUCGGCGCUCCUGGACGCCGUCCCUCAUCUGCGCCACUAGCUGCAAGAACUUCAAAAGAAACAAUUUGGAUGAAGGAAUGCACAUAUUUCAAGGAAGGAGGGGGAGUAAAGACUGCUAACAGAAGAGAUCUCUGAUAAAACAAGACGAGUCGGAGGAACAAGAAUAAAUCAUGAGAAGAUACGCCAAGACUCGGUAUGGCAAAUGACUGAUGGGGGAGGGGGGGAAAAACUUUCCUUUCUUUCCUUAUGUGAUUAAACAAGAAUCCCCUCCCCUUACAAGUCAGAAAUGUCGUAUUAAGGACUUAAGCUGUGGAUUUAAGGCUGUGUGGAGAUAAACUUUCGAACCAAAGCAUGUUUUAAGAAGAGCGUGGAAUGUAUAAGAGCUUUGGAAUGACGCAGUUAAAAAUGCUGUUGCCAUAUUGGGAAGUUCUGUCGGAGGUCUUGAGUCUGGGAGGAGAAAUAGAGAAAUAGAGCUGUUUUUAUAUUGUGGGUGAAACUCCUCAGAGGGACUUAAGAGCGACAGUUUUGCGAGAUUAAUGAUGGAAAGAGCGAUGUUAUCUAUGAAGGCGAUGAUAUAUGGAAACCAUCUCGAUUUGAGGAUUGGAAGAACGGAAAAAUUCACACAGGAUUAUUAUUGGUGUUUAUCGGCUUAAGGAGACUAUCAGAAGAGAUCAUAAAGAAAAAAGAGAAAAUAUAUGAACAAGAUGUGAUGUGGAAAGAGCAAGAAAAGACUGGAUAGAAUUAUGAACUCUGUUUGGAUUGAUUCGGACUGAUUUGGACAUUAACGCAGUAGCAAGAAGAUGAUCAGAAUCCCCCUUCGGAUCUUGAAAUAUGGGUCCCCCCAACAAAAAAUUUAAAAUUUGGCUUUGUAAUUCGGAAUUUAUGUGAUGUGAUUUAAUUUGAUUUGAUUGGCCGGUUAAUAAAAAAUAUUCUUUUAAAAAAAAGAAGGUUGUGGACUCUCGUUUACUGAAGGUUUUUAAGCAGAGGUUGGGUGGCCAUCUGUCAUGGAUGCUUUAGUUGAGUUCCUGCAUUGCAGGCGUUGGACUAGAUGACCCUCAGGGUCUCUUCCAACUCUACAAUUCUAAGAUUCUAUGGAUAAGGAAUAAUACAGAAUAAGCAUUGCCUCAGAAUGGGGGAGAGAUCAAUCAGGCAGGUCAAAAGCUUGCUAAGACAAAGGGGCCAUAAGCAGCUCCUGUCAAGAGCAUUCCUGCAACACCUCAAGUUUCCAAUCAUGUUCCAAAGACUACUAGAGCAGGGAGAUUUAUGGGCAUGUUUUAUGCUGUGGUGGUUAGAAGCAGGCCCCAUUCACUUUCCUUAUUAUUAUUAUUGGCAGUCAUCGGAGGUAAUACAAAUCCCUGGAGAGAACAGCAUUUCACCCAGCACCAAUUAGACAAUAAGCUGGUAGGAACAAUGACUGGGAAGCAUUUUGUCUGCAGCAACAAAGGGCUCGUUCACACUUCUGUCUGUUCCGUGCCUGGGAAGCAUGGUUCCCAGCAGUUUUCCUCUUGUCUCACACUUUCCAGGCACAGCUCCAAGCAAUUUUGCCUUUGCCCCACUGCUUUCCCCCAGCCUGCUCUUUAGCGCUAAAUCAGAACAAAUGGCAUUCCACGGAAAACCUGAUUGCUGUUAGUUCUGAUUCAGCACUAAAGAUCAGGUUUCCCGAGCAAAAGUGGCCGGGCAAAUGAAGAUGUGGAUAAGCUCACCUCACAACAGCUGCAAAUGUUUUCACAGCCACCUUCACCCAAGUAUGCACACAGAGCAAGAGACUCUGGUCUGAAUUACACUCACAGAACCUGAGCUCUCUGCUGAUAGCCAAAAGCAAACAAAGGGUACCUGAAAAGCUAUAUAUGACCCCCUUAUUUAAAAAAGUUUGCAACAGCUUCCCCUAUUUUCCUAAUUUUGCCUCCUCGAGAGGCCUUUUUUACUUCAAUUUGGUCAUACAGCUUCUGCUCUCCAGGCAGCAGAGGCUUCCUGCGUCUUCCUCAGUUCUUCCAGCUUGGCCAGUCCAGCUUUGAUUUGGGGCUGCAACCCUUCAAUAGCAGCUUCAAGCUCUUUUCGCUCCCUGAGCACUUCCUUUGUCAAUGUUAAGCUCUUGCUUUCUAGCGUGUGGGAUGAAUCAAAGAAGGUCUUCAUGCUCAUGGUGCCCAUUUUCCAAAACAUUUCAUCAAAAUUGAAGUUGCCUCCGGGCUCCACUGGAUUGUUGGCAAACAGUGCUGAAUUGUUGAAUUUGAAGUGCACAGGGGUGCCCUUGGCAUCCUUAGCACAUGGUACAUUGGCUUCCUUAAUGGCCUCGAGAACAGGAGGGGUCUGUCCAUCUGCAAAUGUGAUCAGGACUUGGAUGUUGUCCUUUAUAUCUUUGCCAAAGAUGGAGAGCACAGAGUCAAAAACGUAUCUCUGGGCAUGAGUUAAACGAGGUAAAGAGGCCUGGACGACAAUACAGAUGGCGUCUAUAUGAUCAGUGCCCCCUAGGGAGGAGAAAAACUCCCGGAUCUGCUUUGUUAUCAACUUGUCAUGCUCUUUUCCCCUUGUGUCUCCAAAUCCUGGAGUGUCAAUAACGGUGAGGGAAUAGGGGACUUGGAAACCCUUGUGGUGGUGGACAAUGUAGGCGGUCACUUCUGAUGUUUGGCUUUGAGCUUGGCUUCUGUUGGUAUUUUCAGGAAUAAGUUUGAAUCGGAAUUCAUCUCCCCAUUGCACAUCCAGGACAUAAUUGAUCAUUGCAUUGAUGAGAGUGGUUUUCCCUGAUCCUGUUGCUCCCAUCACCAUAAUCACUUUUUGGGGGGCAUGAAUGUUCUCUUUCCCUAGCUGGUAUGUUAGACAGGAUCCAGAGACAUCCUGUAUGGGCUCCAGGGGCAGAGCAUACACUGCUGGUGGCCCAUCCUCCACGCGGGUGCUGCCUUGGAGGUACUGACAAGCUGCUCUCUUCUUGUCUCCUUCCAAUGAUGUGGAAACCUCAAUCUCUUUGCUGGGCUCACUCUCAGCCCCACCGGCACACAUGACUGAGACUCUGAAUCUGUAGGGUGUCUGGGGCUUCAGACCAUCCAUCUCACAGAACUCUGUUUUCUUCCCUGUUCUUUUUUCAGCCCAUUCAUCUUUGUCCUUGCUUUUUGCCUCUCCAGCCUCUUCACGGUAGUCCACUUUGUAUUCCUUUAUAACAGCUCCCUGGCCAAUGAUCUUUGGGCUCUCCCAGGCUAUACUGAUUUUGGAAGACGCUGCGAAUAUCUCUCUCAGUUCCCCAGGAGGGCUGGUAGGAAGUGUCUGUACAGAUUUACUCACAUUGCUGGUCUCACUAAGUCCUGGUUUGCUCCUAGCGCUGUAUCGAAACUGGUAUUCUGUGUUUGCGCUCAGCCCUCUCACUUGGAAUGUCUCCUGACUGUCGUCAGUAUUCACAAUCUUCCAAUUUUCUUCUCCUGCAAUCUUGUACUCUACUUGAUAGCUGGAGAUUGCAGCCCUCCCAUACUCCGCAGGUUGAAAUGUCAGCUGCACACUCUCAUGUCCAAUUUGGCCAACCAGGGGAGGGAGAGGAUUUGAGGGCAGCUCAAAGUUGCUGCUGACCAUCUCCCCAUCUUCAUAGAGGUAAAUGGAAGCUCCUGGGUUGUCCUGAUCUGGGACAGAAGCCACAAGGAACCGGGUUUUCUCAUUUGAUUUAUUGACCUGGGCAAAAUGUGUAAUGGAUUUGGCAGCUUUACGAGCCUUCCGAUUUCUCUCUUGGUGCUCAAACCAGGCUUCAUUGUUCUUGGGUGUCGACUGGCCGCUGGUGGAAUUUGCUGUUUCCUGGAAAAAAUCUUUAUGAAGCCAGUCUUGUAAGGUGGCUAAAAAUGGUUCCUCAUCAUGUAAAGAAUUGAAGGUAAAUGAGACAACAAACUCAUUCACAGGGUUUAGCACAAUUUCUAUCAGUUUGUUCUGGGAAGAGAUUACUUCCAUUCCACUUAGGAUAAUAAGGUAAGAAUUCACCAAAUUAAUUUCUUGUUCCUUGGCAUCCAAAAACUCACUGAGUCUUUGGUUAUUAAAGGGAGACUGGUUAAUGGACAUUAAAAUGUCCACCAGAACACUUUCCUCUUUCCCCCCUCCCCGGAUCAAAGGCAUGAUUUCUGCCAGGUGUUUCUGGAAAGUCUGCCUGUGCUGCUUGCACAGAUCCUUGAAUCUACUGAUUUUCAUGUUUAAGUCUGGGAAGUUUUCAGCAGCAGGAUUCAUAGCCAGAUCAUUGCAUCGCAUGUUGAUUUCAUUCAGAUUCUCCAAGAUAGUUUGAGCAUCAAAGAUCAGUGCUAAGCUGAUCUCACGCACCAUCUUAGCUGCUCUGAAAUCUAGCUUGGUCAAUGGGUACAGCCAAACUCUGACAGGCACAGCCUUCUCUCCAUCCUCCCCGAGCUUUUGGGGCAGAUCGCUGUAGACUUUCAUGGCAUCUUGAAAAGUCACCGGAUUACUUUCCAAAGAAAAAUCCCCAUAGAACUUGCAGCUGAAAUUCUCCGUUUGGGCUUUCUCCUUCUCCUCCAUCUCAACAGAUGCUUCCCCUUUGACAGAGACUUUAAUCCAGUUGAUCACAGCAUGGAGGCUUCCUUGUAUAUCUUGCACAGAUUCGGAAGAAGAGAUAUUUCGGUCGAACACAAAGAAAACCUGGGCUCCAUACAAGAUGGCAGUGACAACAUGGGUGGCUGUGCCAUGCUCAAAAACAGCUGGAUAAGUGACGUUUUGGAAUCCCAAAUGGCUCAUGGUCAGCUGUGAAUACUUGGUGGUAGCUUUGUACUGCAGAGUGACUCUGGCCUGUUUCGUGGACUUCUUGGUGUCUUGAAGGAAUUUGCCUGAUCCAUCCACUUCAACUGUUCCACCCAAAAAACUGGCCUUGAGUGAUGCAGGGACAUUGAGGGCAGAUGCCUUAUCAUCGAUGGAGUCAGAUGCAAUGAUUUCAUAUUCAGUCUUUGGUUUUGGUUGGAUACACAAGUCCUUCUGAAGCGAGUCCUGGUCCCAAAAGGUGAUUCCUGGGAUAAAGCAGAGAAAUAUGCAAGGCUUGAGUAUGUUCACAGAAAUGUAGAACACAAUUAGCCUAAUGCUAAGGGUGUACAGAGAAACAAGGAGUUAAAAUAGAGCUAUCAUUGCCCACAAUGUCUGCACUCAUGAAUUUUGUCCCACUGUCAUCCCCAACGAAAGAGGUUUGUGCAGUUUUAUAAAACUUGGCAAAAGGCAGGGAAAAUAUUUGACCAGAUAUGAGAGUGGAACAAAUGUGAACAUUUCAUGAGCUUCUGUUGCACAGGCCUCAGAAAGGGGAUGGGCACUGGCUCAGCAGCAGGGAGAAGAUUCAAUCACCACCAUUUAGGGCUGUGAACAUCUCCUGCUUGAGGCCAUAGAGAGUUGGUGCUAGUUGUUGACUGGCAUGGGAAAAAAUGAGAAUUCCCUGGGGGCCAAGAUCCAAAACACUUUGGUGAGAGAACUCCAGCAGAUUUAAAAUCACAAAAUAUGCAGCAAAGCAAAGUGUGGAGAUUUAGGCUGUCAGAACUAAAAAAACGAAGAUCAUGGCCACUGGUCCCAUCACCUCCUGGCAAAUAGAAGCGGAAGAAAUGGAGGCAGUGAGAGAUUUUACUUUCUUGGGCUCAUGAUCACUGCAGAUGGUGACAGCAGUCAUGAAAUUAAAAGACGCCUGCUUCUUGGGAGAAAGGCGAUGGCAAACCUAGACAGCAUCUUAAAAAGCAGAGAAAUGAGAGGUGGACCAUAAAGAAGGCUGAAGACUACAGUGUCUCUCACCCAUGGUUUUCCCAGUAGUGAUGUAUGGAAGUGAGAGCUGGACUAUCAAGAAGGAUGAUCGCCGAAGAAUUGAUGCUUUUGAAUUAUGGUGCUGGAGGAGACUCUUGAGAGUCCCAUGGACUGCAAGAAGAUCAAACCUCUCCAUUCUUAAGGAGAUCAGCCCUGAGUGCUCACUGGAAGGACAGAUCGUGAAGCUGAGGCUCCAAUACUUUGGCCACCUCAUGAGAAGAGAAGACUCCCUGGAAAAGACCCUGAUGUUGGGAAAGAUGGAGGGCACAAGGAGAAGGGGACGACAGAGGACGAGAUAGUUGGACGGUGUUCUCGAAGCUACAAACAUGAGUCUCACCAAACUGCGGGAGGCAGUGGAAGACAGGAGGGCCUGGCAUGCUCUGGUUCAUGGGGUCACGAAGAGUCCGACAUGACUAAACGACUAAACAACAACAAAUAAUUGUGGAAAGAUGUAUUCUUAAUGGUCUGCACAGGCCUGGUGGAGUAGAAAGGUUUUCAGCAAGCUUUAAAAAAUUGAAACAGAACACACCUGCUGAAUCUUUAUUGGCGGAUGAUGAUGAUGAUUUGGGCCAAGACGAUGCCAGCAAGGUUAAGGAGCAAAGACGCUAUCACGGGCAAGAAGACUUCUUUUUAAUAAAUGAAAGUCUUGUCCAAAUGAAGAGAACAUAAAGGAACACAAACUUUGGCAAAGAUGUGGAAGCAGACAGUAAGGGAUGUUGAAAAUGAAUUUGAGGAGCACAUUUAGCACUGAAACUGCACUGUUUGGGCCGACUGCUAAUCUUGAUAUGAGUAAUUUUUGCUUUUCAGUACAGUGGUACCUCGGGUUACAGAAGCUUCAGGUUACAGGCGCUUCAGGUUACAGACUCCGCUAACCCAGAAAUAGUACCUCGGGUUAAGAACUUUGCUUCAGGAUGAGAACAGAAAUUCCACAGCUGCAGAGCAGCAGCAGCAGGAGACCCCAUUAGCUAAAGUGGUGCUUCAGGUUAAGAACAGUUUCAGGUUAAGAAUGGACCUCCAGAACAAAUUAAGUUCUUAACCCGAGGUACCACUGUAUACACUCUUCCUUGCACCAGGUUUACCUGGGAUGAGGGCAUCUUUACGACAGUCGUACAGCAUCCCCAGCUGGAAUGGGCGGCCCAGGGCUGGUAUUUCAACCGUGUCAUCUGAUCUGUCCAUGGCUCUGGUCCAGGUUGCUCUCCUGCCUUCACCUCCCUGCAAGAAAGAAGCGAUGUGAAGGACUCUGGAAAGAUUAUUGGGCAUGCAAAGCGUGUGGGGAAAAGAGAAAUAUUGGCACUACCAUCCAAAGAGUGAUGCUAACAUACAGUAAAAAAAAAAAGGGGGGGGAGGAGGGAAUAUCACAUGGGGGGGGGGAGCGGGAAUUGGACGUUUGUAUGCAGUAGUUGCACAUGUAGAAGGUAGCUUGUGCAACUGAUCUUCUUCUUGCUUCCCUCCCAUCCACAGUCCCCUGUAGCAGCUGAAAACUCUAUCCAGUGAUCCCUGAACAAAGGGGACUGUGUCACGCAGAAUUGCAGUGGGAGAGGAAAUCACCCUGAAACUGGGCAAAGGGAUCAUGUGCCAAUGGGGGUCUGCUUGGACAGGAUUCCUAGGCCCAAAGUCAGGGGAAUCCCACUGCAGCCCUGUAUGGCAGACACUACACUAUCCAGGCCCUCUGGAAAGGGUUUGGGUGGGCACAAGGGGUCACAGGAGCUGGAAGGGAAGAGCAAUAUUUUCCAUGCACAAACACUGGGUGCUUCCUACACUGAAUUUCCAUUUGGCCGAGAAAUUGCCUGUUGAGAACAUUUUGGAUAGUAGAGAAAUAUUUUACCACUACCACCACCAGUUUUAUAUCCCAACUAUCUGGCGCAGUAUUCAAGGAGGCUAUCAAAGUGGGAACUCAUACAUGCAGCCAGCCAAAUCACAUAAUCGACAACAUUUAUGGCAGAAAUCAUGAAUGAUGCUGCCAUAGCUAACAGCGAGAUACACAAAGUAGUAUUUGGCAGAAACAAACUGCAGUGGAAGCAGCGCUGAUCGUGAUGAAUGUAAGCUGAAAUGGAAGUUGCUGCUCUCUUAUAUUACUACUUGUGCUGCACCAAGAAGUUCAUGGCACAAUGGGAGUCAAAUUACUUGUAGAAAAUCUUUUGUAGAGGAACACAGAAUUGUAGAGUUGGAAGGCACACCCAAAGGUCAUCUAGUCCAACCCGCUGCAAUCACAGCUGAAGAAUCCCUGAUGGCCAUCCAACCUCUGCUUGAAAACCUCCACCACCCCUUGUGGGAGUCUGUUCCACAGUAGAACAGCUUCUACCAUCAGCUGGAAAGUCAUUUCUUGACAUUUGAAUCCACUGGUUCAGGUCCUGCCCCCUGGACCAGCAGCAAAAAGCCUGUUCCAUCUUCCCUGUGUCAGCCCUUCAGGUAUUUCAAGAUGGCUCUCAUAUCAUGUCUCAAUCUUCUCUUCUCCAGGCUAACCAUACCCAACUCCCUCAACCACUCCCCCCAAAAGCUUGGUUUCCUGACCCUUCAUCAUCUUGGUCUCUUGCCCUAGCAGUGGCGGAGUGCAGGUGGGGGCGGGGAGCACAGUGUGUGUGGGGGGGGCAGCCGCGAUGGAACCCCACUGGGAUCGUGCUGCCGGGGGUGGUGUGCUCCCCCCCUCUUCCUCCCCCAGCACACUUCUGGCCUGUUAGCAUCGUUCUUAAAAGAUGCCCUGAACCUGACAGAGUACUCCAGGUGGGGUCUGACCAGGGCAGAAUAGAGUGGUACUUGACUUCCCUAAAUCGGGACACUAGACUUCUGUGGAUGCAGCCUAGGAUUGCAUUAACUUUUUGCUGUUGUUUUUUAAUUGCUGCAUUACACUGUUGACUCAUGGCAGCAGAUUUUCACUGUUUGAAUUAUGACAACCCUAAGAGAAAUUGAAAUUGAGUGAAUUGUGCCAAAACUUUUACUUGAAGGUUUAAUGACAAUUAAUGACCCCGGGGUUGUGUUGCUAUUACGUACUGAGUUGAAUAGGAUCGAAAUUGCAGCAGUCUGAUUGGUCCUAGAACAAUAGGAUGCAGAAUGCAGCAGUCUGAUUGGUCCGCAGGAGCCACCUAGUCCAACUCCAGCUGGAAGUGAAUCCGCAACCUGAUUGGCGUACAGGUGAAUCCCGGAACUAGCCAAUCACGUGGGGCCCAUUGUGUAAAUAAUGUAUAUAAAGCAGACAUUUCAGGGGAACGUCCAUUCCUCACUACUAUGAGCUGAAUAAAGAGCAUGAAAUCCACACUGGACUCCGAGUAUAUUUCAGUCACUAUUCCCACUAAAUUUAUGCUGUGCUUAAUUCUAUCCUUCCAUUUCUCAACAGUUUUCUCCUUCUGUGAAAGAGGCUUCGGUUUUUCUGUCUUAUCCUCCUGACACUUCGGAAUUUCUUUAGAAUUUCAGUAGGUGUGUGGUGCAUGUGAUUUUUUUUCUUCCAAGUAAAAAUAAAUAAAUAAGAUCCCCAGCGCCUUGCAUCCUGCCUGCUCCCUGUGCUUUCUGAUCAGAAAAAGCCCCAUGGGGGGUGGGUUCCCUUCCCCUGGGCUUUACUGAAGGAAGGUGAGGACAGGUGACCCGAAGUCUAGGCCCGAAGUCACCCCCCCCCCCAAGCAGGCUCAAAGCUUCUCAAAACUUUUCAAAAUCAUUUUCUCAGCAGCUAAGUAUCAGAAACAUUCCGCUCUUCUGUAACAAAGGUAGAGAACAGUCCAUUGUUUCUCAGGCCUUUCUCAUGCCUUCUGGCCUUGCUAAAGAACCACACUGCAACUUGCUUUCUGUCCGGGAACCAUGCCAAAGCACAAGAAUGAAACAACUGGAACACACUGAAACCCCUCACCCCUUUCCUGCCAAGAGUCCACAAUAGUUCCAAGACAGCUUUCAUCCAAUGUACAGGACCACAGACCUCCAAGCACCCUAAAUCAGAAUCCUUCUUUCGAAGAGGACCCAGCCAAAAUAAUUAGGGGUUUGUCUUCAAACAGCCAGCAGCCAGAAAGCCAAAAACGCAAUCCUGGAGCGAGCGAGGGUGUCCACGGGAGGGGCAGAAGACGCCUAGGGAAGAAGCCAGUGCACCAUCUGCAGGCAAGAGGGUCACUGGAAAAUGGAAUGGCCACAGGCCCCACGCCCGACACACCCCACCCCCACAGGCUGGGAACAAUAAGAUUUCUCAAAAAUGAUUUCUUCUCAUCUCUGUUCUGGCUAAAAGACUGUUGCAGAAGCAAGUGAACUAACUGUUUCUAACAUUCAAAAUCAAAUCAAAUCAAAUAUCUUUAAUACGGUCAAUGACCAGGAAGCAAUUUAUAAAAUAUGACAUUAAGAGUAGUAUUGUGCUACAAGUAACAGUAAAAAUAUGGCCAAUUCACAGAAUUGGUGCUUAUAUUUAUGACCAGGUUUCGAGUUUUAAGUUUUUUAAAAUUCAGUUCAGGAGUCACUACUGUUUAUUAUCGUUCCUUCGAUGUUUACAGUUUGAACUCCUUUGUAGACAUCAUUGCUCGUCUUAUUCUUGUUGCAAUCUAACAGUACUGCAAUAUACUCAGAGUCGCAAAGUGAUUUCAUGCUCUUUAUUCAGCUCAUAGUGGUGAGGAGGAAUGAAUGAAUGUCCCCUCACAGUAUCUGCUUUAUAUACAUUAUUUACACAAUGGGCUGCACAUGAUUGGUUAAUUCUGGAAUUCUACUGUAAUAAUAAUAAUAAUAAUAAUAAUAAUAAUAAUAAUAAUAAUAUCUUUAUUGUCAUUGCCCCCUUUGGGGACAAUGAAAUUACUUGACUGCUCCAUAAAAACACUAAUUAAUCAAUACAGUAUAAUACAGCAAGGGAGAUUAGAUGACUUUCAAAGUCCAGGCUUCCCAUUCAGGGCCGAGAUCGCUCUGGAGAAGAAGCUGUUCUUAAGACGGCUCGUUCUUGUCUUCAUCGUCCUGUAUCUCCGUCCCGACGGCAAGAGCUCGAAGAGACAGUGACCAGGAUGCGAUGGAUCUUUUACUAUGUCCAGUGCCUUCCUAUGGCACCUUGUGGCAUAAAUCUGCUCUAAGGUGGAGAGUGGGCAGCCAACAAUGCUCUCUGCUGCCUUAACAACCCUGCACAACCCCAUCCUGUCCUGGGUAGUACAGCUUCCGUACCACACACAUAAGCCAUAAGUGAGCACGCUCUCAAUGGCACAGUGAUAGAAGGCAAGCAGCAGUUUCUGCGGAAGAUGGUUUUUCCUUAGUAUUCUCAAAAGUACAGUCUCUGCUGCGCCUUCUUCACAAGCCCCCUUGUGUUGACACUCCAGGACAGAUCCUCUUGUAAUUCAAUGCCCAAAAAUCUGAACGUUGUUACCCUCUCCACACAGACCCCAUCAAUCAAAAGUGGCUGGACGUUGCUCUUCUGUCUCCUGAAGUCCACCACAAGCUCCUUUGUCUUCCUUGUAUUUAUGAGCAAGUUGUUAGCUCUGCACCACUCUGUCAGCCGCUCCACCUCAUCUCUAUAAUCCGUUUCACCCUCCCUUUCAGAGAUGAGCCCAAUCACGGUUGUGUCAUCUGCAAAUUUGACAACCCUAUUACUAGGGUGAGUAGCGACACAAUCGUACGUGUAGAGAAUAUAAAGGAGCGGACUGAGUACGCAUCCCUGUGGUGUUCCUAUGUUAGUCUUGAGCAUAUUAGAGGUAUAGGGGCCCAACCGAACCCUCUGGGGGCGGUCUGACAAACGUCCAAUAUCCACCCACAAAGUGAUAACGGAAGCCCCAGAUCUUCCAGUUUAGACAUCAGACGUUGUGGUAGAAUGGUAUUAAAUGCCGAGCUGAAAUCUAAAAAAAGCAGUCUGGCAUAACUCCCCCGCUGCUCCAAAUGUGCAAGGACGGCAUGGAGGGCAAUCGCCACAGCGUCCUCUGUCGAUCUUUUCGUUUUAUAAGCAAAUUGGAAUGUGUCCAGUCCCUCUGGUAGGCAGGCAAUGACAUAAUUUCGUACCAGCUUUUCAAAGCACUUCAUGAUUAUAGGUGUGAGUGCUACUGGACGAAAAUCAUUCAGAUCUUCCGGGUUAGAUUUUUUUGCUAUUGGAACGAUAAUGGAGGACUUUAGGCAGGAUGGAACAAUAGCCUGGGCCAGGGAUCGAUUUAAAAUCCCAGUGAAAACUCCUGCUAGUUGAUCUGCACAGUCUCUCAAUACCCUUCCAGCUACCCCAUCUGGCCCUGUGGCCUUCCUUGGGUUGAUUCCCUUCAACACCUUCCUCAUCUCUUCUUUUUCCACAGAGACUACUGCAUUCCUUUGUACUGAUGAUGGUAAUGGUGGUGAUGAUGGCAAAGCCUUCACAGGGAGUGGUGGUGGUGUUGGUAAAGCCUCAGCAGGUGUUGCUGCAGAUGUUACUUCAAAACGGGCAAAAAGGCAUUCAAAUCCUCUGCGAGGGAUGCCCCUCCCUCGUCUGCCAGGGAGUCCUUAGAUUUAUACCCUGUUAAUUCUUGUACACCUUGCCACACCUGCCUGGUGUUGUUACUUUGUAGAUGAUUCUCCAGCCGCUGUCUAUACGCCUCCUUUGCUACACGGAUACCUCUCUUUAGAUCGGCUCUAGCUAAGCUGUACAGCGACUUAUUUCCACUUCUGAAAGCAGUAUUUCUUGCCUUUAGCAACCCCUGGACCUCCCUUGUCAUCCAGGGCUUCCUGUUUGGGUAGAUCUUUAUCCGGCGCCUCCGUGUUACAUUGUCAGUGCAGAACCUAAUAUAGUCCAACACUUGCUCAGUAUGAGUCUCUACAUCCUGUUGAGCGAAUACCUCCCAAUCGGUGUCAUGAAAACAGUCUUGUAGUUGUUGGGAUGCUUCAGCUGGCCAUAUUGUAAUAUCCCUCUUUAUAGCUGGAAUCCGUUUCCUCAAUGGAAUAUAUUCAGGAGUCAGGAGCAGGGACACAUGAUCAGAUUGGCCUAGAUGUGCCAAUGGUUCGGCCUUAUAGGCCUGUUUGACAUUUGUAUACAGCCUGUCCAGAGUCUUUUCUCCCCUGGUUGCACACUUUAUGUGUUGAUAGAAUUUAGGUAGGACCACUUUCAAAUCUGCCUGGUUGAAAUCCCCGCAUACAAGAAAUGCAGCCUCGGGGUACUUGCCUUGUUGCCUGCUAAUGGCAUCAUGCAGAAGACCCAUUGCCUCAUUGAUGUUCGCAUCAGGUGCAAUGUAUACUAUAGUUAUCAGUACUGCUGUAAAUUCUCGGGGGAUAUAUAUAGGUCUGCAUUUGAGCGUCAUAAAUUCCACAGUUGGAGAGCAAUAGCUAGCUAUCACAGCGUGGUUUGUGCACCAGCUGUUAUUCACGUAUGCACACAAACCUCCCCCCCUUCUUUUACCAGAGUCCUCUGUUCUAUCAUGGCGGAACACUGUAUAGCCUGUUAGCUCUAUGGCUGAGUCAGGAAUAAUUGGUGUCAGCCAAGUUUCUGUAAGCAGCAGAAGACAGCAUUCACUCACAGUUUUCUCCGUUGCUAUCCACAAUUUCCACUCCUCCAGCUUAUUCACCAAAGAUCUCACAUUCGCAUAGAAAAUGCUGGGAAGCGGUAAGUUAUAAUGUUGUGUCUUCAACCUUAAUUGCCUUAAUCGCCUUCCUCCUCUACAGCCUCUCUUCUGUUUACGGUCUCUCCUGUGUCUCUUUACUCCCCAGUUCUUUGAAGUCAAAAAAUCUUCCUUGCAGACGCGGAGACACUCACAAUUUGUGCAGCACUCACUCCGUAGCCGAAUAGAUAACAUGUCCUGCCGACUAUAAACAAGUCUAUUUUGGCAGGACAAAAAAGCCAAAUUCUGAGUUGAGGAGCAGCCAGCCGCAGCAUCUACACGCGCCGCCAUCUUAAGCCAAUCAGGUUGUGGAUUCACUUCUAUCUGGAGCAGGAUUGGGUGGUUCCUGCCAACCAAUCAUACUGCUGCAUUGUUCUAGUCCCAAUCAGACUGCUGCAUUCUGAAUCCUAUUGUUCUAGGACCAAUCAGACUGCUGCCUUUUGGAUCCUAUUGUUCUAGGACCAAUCAGACUGCUGCAGUUUGGAUCCUAUUCAACUCAGUACAUAACACCCCUCCCUCUAAGUUCCAGUCCUGCCCGGGAGGUCGCAUUCAUAGUCCUCAAGGUAUGCCGGCGGCCUACGUGUGCGUUGUGGCCUGGGGUGUUCCCUGGUCCGGGCUCCAGGUUCUGGCUCGUGUACCAAGGAUGCUGGCUGUGAUGGGGCUGUUUGGUCUGGUGCAACCGGCUCGCUCAGUCGUGGUUCUGGUUCCGGUGUCCUUUCGGCCUCACGGGUCCUCUCUGUAUUUACUGAUUCUGCCUCUCCUGCUGGCCCCUCCUGCUCUAUGGGCCUCACUGCCCCGCUGUUCCCUUGGGACUCCUCUGACCUGUCCUCCUCCUGGUUUUCUCCCGGGAAUCAUCGCCGUAUCUGGUCGCAGUGGCGGCGCCAGCAUUGUCCCCCAUCCGUUAGCACCUCGUACGACACGGGGCCAGUGACCCUGGUGACUGUGGCGGGUACCCAUGCUGGGCCUGCCCCAAAAUUCUUUGCGUACACUGGGUCCUGGGCCUCGAAGGUCCGGGGGUUCCUGCCUUCCCACUACCUCAUCCUGAGCUCUAUCGGGGUGAAGGCGGUCCAAUCUGAUUGCAAGGCGCCGACCCAUUAGUAGUUCAGCGGGGCUCCGGCCAGUCGUUGAGCUGGGGGUGCUGUGCUGUGCUAGAAGGAAUGUGGCAAGGCGGUACUCCCAGUCCCCUUGCGUCAUGCGGCGAAGGGUGUCCUUGGUGGUCCGCACCAUGCGUUCUGCUUGGCCAUUGGUGGCAGGGUGGAACGGUGCCGAACGGAUGUGGCGGAUGGCGUUCUGCGCUGUGAAGGUUUGGAAUUCUCCUGACGUAAAUGCAGUCCUGUUGUCUGAGACGAGAGUGUCAGGGAGCCCGUGGGUUGCAAACAGCCUGCGUAGUACCCGGAUGGCUGCGGACGUGGAAGUGGACGGUACCAGUGCGACUUCCAGCCAUUUGGUGUAGGAGUCCACCACUAUGAAGACUGUUUUCCCUGAAAGGGGCCAGCGAAAUCCACAUGCAGGCGUGACCAUGGUGCUCGGGCGGACUCCCAGGACUGGACUGGGGCCCUUGGGGGAUCUGGGCGGGAUUCUUGGCAGGCCUGGCAGUGUUUGACCCAGGCCUCUAUCUCUCCAUCGAUCCCCGGCCACCACACAUAACUCCUGGCAAGGGCCUUCAUUCUUACUACCCCUGGAUGUGUCUCAUGUAGGGCUGUGAGGACCCUUUUGCGGAGGGGCUGGGGAACAACGACUCUGCUUCCCCAUAACAGGCACCCCUUGUGGGCCGACAGUUCAUGUUUGCGGGUUGUGUAGCCGGCGAAUUCUGGCCCGGGGCUACUGCUGGGCCAUCCCCUCCACACCCAGUCCAGGACCCGGGAGAUGACCCUAUCUUUCUUGGAAUGGUGUGCAACUUCUUGUGCCUGAAUGGGGUGGUCGGGAAGCAGCUCCAGGCUCAUAACCUCUUGUGCAGGUGCUGGGUCAGGGCCUGUUUCCGGUAGUGGUAGCCUGCUGAGGGCGUCCGCAUGGCCCAUCGCCUUCCCAGGUCGGUGAAUCAGUGCAUACUGGUAGCUGGCAAGGAAAAUUGACCACCUGAGGACGCGAGGAGACAGCACUUGGGGGGUCUGCUUCGGGGCAAACAAGCCAAGCAACGGCUUGUGGUCAGUCACCACGGUGAAGGGCCGCCCGUACAAGAAAUCAUGGAAUUUUUUACUCCUUUACGAUUGCCAGACCCUCCUUGUCGAUUUGCGAGUAGUUCCGCUCGGUUGUGUUGAGUGUCUGGGAAAAGUACGCCACCGGUACCUCUCUUCCAUCCGGGAGUUGGUGCCCCAGGACAGCUCCAAUGCCAUAGGGUGAGGCGUCGCAUGCUAGCACCACCGGCAGCCUCUCGUCGAAGUGUGCCAAGACCGAGUUUGAGACAAGCAAGUCCUUGACUGCCUGGAAUGCCGCCUCCUGGCGCUGGCCCCACACCCAAGGGGCCCGCUUGUCCAGGAGUCUGUGUAGGGGCUCCGCUACCGCCGCCUUGUGGGGAAGGAAGGAAUGGUAAAAGUUCAAUAGUCCCAAGAAGGCCUGAAGUUCAGUCUUGCGCUUGGGUGCUGGGGCAUCACAAAUGGCCCGUACCUUGUCCCCAGUCAGGUGGACCCCUUCUGCGUCCACCAUAAAUCCCAGAAAGUCCACCUGAGGCACUCCUAGUAGACAUUUUUCCCGCUUCACCUUGAGACCCGCCGUCUGGAAACGGUGCAGAACGGUGCGGAGGCGGUCCUCAAACUCCUCUGGUGUGGGCCCAGCAAUCAACACAUCAUCGAAGAAGGGGUGACGCCAGGAAUCCCUUUAAGGAGAGAGUCCAUUAGAUUCUGGAAUAUGCCUGGUGCCACGCUGACACCGAAUUGCAGCCGCUUUACCCUGAACGCUCCUCUGUGCGUCACAAUCGUCUGUGCCUCUGCUGUGGCCUCAUCUACUGGCAGCUGUUGAUAUGCUUGGGCCAAGUCCAGCUUGCCAAAAUUUUCGACCCAGCCAGGGUGGCAAGGACAUGGCUGACCACUGGCACUGGGUAUGCGUGGGCCGUGAGGGCCUUGUUUAUGGUACAUUUGUAGUCUGCGCAGAUGCGGACCGAACCAUUAGGCUUGACGGGUGUGACGAUUGGGGUUUCCCAGGGGGCAUUAGGCACCGGCUCCAGCACUCCUUGCUCCACGAGUCGGUCCAAUUCCUCGUCUAUACGGGGUUUCAAGGCGAACGGGACCCGGCGGGCCUUGAGCCUGACCGGUCGUACUGCGGGGUCAAGCUGUAGCGCAAUGGGGGCCCGUAUACUGUCCCAAUUUCCCAUCGAAAACCCCUGGAAAUUCCUUGCAUAUGGCGUCCACGUCCACUUGUAAGCUAGUGUGGUUCACCCCGGUGACAGCUAGCCCCAGUGGUCCAAACCAUGCCAAUCCCAGUAAGCUAAUGUAGGGGCCCUUGACCACAAGCAAGUCCAGCUGCCGCGUCCGCCUCGGUAUUGCACCCUGAAGGUCCCCACCCCCAUUGUGGGGACCUUACGCUUCUGGAAGUCCCGGAGGGUGAAUGGGGCCGGCCUGAGUUUGGGACCCCCAGUAGGACACAGUUUCCUUAAGGUCCUUGCCGAGAUUAUGGAUAGAGUUGAACCCGUGUCAAGCUCCAUGCGGCAAGGGGCCCUCUAUCUGUACCUCUACAUAAAUUUUCUCUACGUUGGGGUGGGGCAACUGGUAUACCUGGAAGUCCGUGAGCUCCGUCGAGUUGCCUUGGUGCGUUGGGCCCCGGGACCUGGCGCUCUUGGAUUGGUCAUCUGAUGCCUGGUGUCGGGUGGGCCGAGCCCGACACACCCGGGCGAUGUGUCCCGAUUUUCUGCACUGCCUGCACUCUGCGUUGCGGAAACGGCAGGUCCUCCUCUCGUGACUCUCCCCGCAGCUUGCGCAGUUCCCUCCUUCUCGUCGAGGCAGCUGUGGUCUGUGCGCUGCUUGAGUGCGCUGCUGUACUCGGUGCACCUCCUCCCUGUCGGAUCUUGAGUCGUCGGUGAGGUCUUCGUGGUGGACCCUCGGUUGGGAUGGCAGGCUCGGCCGUGCCUCUUGGGUCGACCUCUCGGCAGCUUCUGUUGCCAGGGCCUCCUCCAGAGCGACCUGGAACGUUAGGUCCUUCUUAGCGUAGAGGCGUCGUUGCAGCUUCUCAUCCUUCAGGCCACCGACGAGGCGGUCACGAAGCAUGUUCUCCAGCUCUGAGAAGUUGCAGAACCGGGCGGCUUGGCGGAGGGAGGUCACAAACCCAGUUAUGGUUUCCCCAGGGGCUUGCCGCUUUGCGUAGAAGGCAUUUCGAUGAGCCACCACUGAGGGCUGCGGCGAAAAGUGCCCCUUCAGCUGUUCCAUUAUUGUUUUGUAUGGAACAGUAGCGACGUCUUCAGGCGCAAGAAGAGCCCGGGCGAUUUCAAACGUCUCCUCUCCGCAGACGCUGAAGAAUAUCGCCCUCUUCUUGGCGUCUUCUUCGUCGGUGACCCCUUUGGCUUCUAGGAGGAAGGUGAAACAGGAGGCGUACUGUCAGAGCUGGCUCCAGGUCCCAGCUCACAGAGGACCAACGCUAGCCGGCAGUAAUGUGCAAAAGUCUUUAUUGAAGUACAGUUUCCAUUUUCAAGCCGGAGCGCCCCAGCUCUACGUCUAGGGGUUAGAUCGGCGAAGCUCCAUGUGAGUCUCCGCCCCCUUGACACCAGUUUAAGAUUCUAGCCUUACUCCACCUCUUACGUCUCUCCUUUCUCCUCUGGGUCCUGCUACCCCCCGGGGUCCCUUCCUUCCUGGAUUCUUCUGACGCUGACCCUCCUGACUCCCCCCCUCUUUUCGGCGGGCUUUGGGACCUGGCUCCCUAUCCGGGCUGCCAACUGCGCCGCCCUCCUGUACAUUUGAACUUGGCGCGCGCGCCCAGCCUUCAACCUUCCUCUCGACCGUUUCCUCGCUCCCCGAUGGAGGCGUGGCCAAUCCUGACUCAUGUCCUCCCACUGGCAGUGCGCCGCCUGAUCCCGAUGCCUGGGACUCCUCCCCCCUACUGCACUCUGGUGUGGACGCUGGUCCUGAUUUCCAACUGCUGCUCUCUGAGUCCCCUCUGGCCCCUUCUUCCUGGGGUGUCCCCUCGGCACCCCCUUGCUCUGACCAAGGGAGCCCCUUUCUGUGAAUCUUCCGAUUCGCUGGAAAGACUCAGAGACCUCGGACCGCUGUCAUCGCUAACAUUUCCUUCGGACUCCUCCCCCUCGCUCUCUAUUUCCUCCCUUUCCUGUGCCUCUGCUCCUGAACCCCUGACACGUACGCUUCCCAGUCUCCAGAUGCUGGGUUGAAUGGCGAGAAGCUGCUGUUGGCUGCCAUUCUGAGUUCCUUGUGUCCCGGAGCUGAAGCCUGGAUACACGGUGCGAGGCAGCGGUGCGGCAGGUGGCGGUGCUGCGGUGCUGUGUGUGGCAGUCAGCUCAGCGGGAUCCCACCUUCGUCGCCAGUGCAAUAUACUCAGAGUCGCAAAGUGAUUUCAUGCUCUUUAUUCAGCUCAUAGUGGUGAGGAGGAAUGAAUGAAUGUCCCCUCACAGUAUCUGCUUUAUAUACAUUAUUUACACAAUGGGCUGCACAUGAUUGGUUAAUUCUGGAAUUCUACUGUAAGCCAAUCAGGUUGUGGAUUCACUUCUAUCUGGAGCAGGAUUGGGUGGUUCCUGCCAACCAAUCAUACUGCUGCAUUGUUCUAGUCCCAAUCAGACUGCUGCAUUCUGAAUCCUAUUGUUCUAGGACCAAUCAGACUGCUGCAGUUUGGAUCCUAUUCAACUCAGUACAUAACACCUUUGCCACGGACCUGUUAAUUUCGGGCUCUUUGUCAGCCAAGAGGUGUCUGAUAUAGGUGUCGUCUGUACUACGAGGUAUUUUCCUCAGAAUCGGUUCGAUCAGCUCUUUUCUUGAGUCUCGAUAUAAUGGGCAGUAUAAGAUGACAUGCCCAAUGGUUUCGAUUUCAUUGCUGUUACAGGGACAUAAUCUUUGUUCGAUCGGUAUUUUAUUGUAUCUUCCCUCUAGAAGAGCUGAAGGGAGAGUGUUAAGCGGGCCCUGGAAAAUGCCCAUCGGUGUUUAGCGUUGUCUAGAACUUUGAGAUAGUUUGCUAGAUGGGGCCUUUGGGAAUUGUAUAGAAGUUUAUAAGUUAUCAGAAGUUGGUUAAAGUCAUUUUGGGUUUCAAUGUCCCUGAGUCUUUCUUUGAUUAUGUUCUUGGCCCUUCCCCUUUCUAAACUUAAUAAAUACUCUGGGAGAGACCAUAUGUGGCCAGUUUUCUGAGAAUGCCCUUCAACCAGCUAGAUUGGAAUUUGUCAAGAAGCAUCAGGGAAAGUAGUCCAACCGGCGAGUUGUUAAGUCUUAGCCAAGUGCAUAAGGUUCUUAUCCAUACUUUGGCUUUAAUGCUGUAUAAGCCCGCUUCCAGUCGUAAGGCGGCGUUUGGGACGCAUUUAGGUGUUUGCAGGAGUGAUCUAAGGAAACCUGAUUGUAUCUUCUCAUAUGGGUCUAGAUUAGAGAGGGAGACGAGUGGUGCGCCGUAUAGGAUUUGUGCUGUUGGUUUUGCAACGAAUAGUUUAAUUGUAGCAGGAAUGAAAUUUCCUCCCGUUGUACGAUGGAAUCUUAGGAUUGCUGUUGUACUUUUUUGUGCUGUAAAGGAGCUGUAGUUUAUGUGGGCAGUCUUCUUCCUUGAUGCUUGGAAUAUCACUCCUAGAUAUUUAAAGCAUGUCACUUGUUCAAUCUCCUGAUUGUCUAAAUUCCAUCUGUAUAUUUUCCUUUUGUUAGAGAAAACCAUGAUUUUUGUUUUUUGGUAGUUCACUGCUAGUUUCUCUUCUCUACAAUAUUGGGAUAAGCUGUUAAGAGCUCUUUUGAGGCCCAUCUGAGUCUGGGACAAUAUAACCGCAUCGUCUGCAUAGAGUAAGAUAGGCAGUUUUUUGUCUGCUAAUUUUGGGGCGUGUGUAUCCGCUCCUUGUAGGUGAUCUAUUAGGGAGUUUAUAUAGAUGUUGAACAAAAGGGGGCCAAAAUGCAUCCUUGUUUAACUCCCUUUGUUGUUCUAAUGAAAUUAGAGAGUUGACCUUCUUGGCUGCAUCUUAUACGAAGUCGUGUGUUGUUGUACAGUUUGUAUAUUAGUAGCAGCAGACGUCGGUCUAUGGAUGAUUUGUUGAGUUUGUCCCAGAGUCGAGUUCUUGGGAUGGAGUCAAAGGCUGCUUUAAAAUCUACAAAUGCUGCGAAUAGGUGGUGAUUGUGAUGCGACGUGUAUUUCUCAGCUAGGUGCUGUAAGAUCAGGCAGUGAUCCAUUGUGGAUGUCCCUUGUCUAAAUCCUGCCUGUGCAUCAUCAAUAAUCUUCGCUCUUUCUAUCCAUUCGCACAGUUUCUCGCUGAGGUGUUUAGCGUAUAAUUUACUUAUUAUAUUCAGGAGGCUUAUAGGUCUAUAGUUGGAGGGAUCGUCCCUCGAGCCUUUUUUGUAAAUGGGAAUAAUGAUGGAAGUCCCCCAGUCUUCUAACAUUCAUUCAUGCAGUAACAGGACAUCAGCUCCCCCCCCCCCCCCUUGUGCCAGGCGCUUGGAGUAGCUUAUCUCUUGGCAGCUAUCUCAGAAGGACACUGCUGUAUUCAGCCAGCUACUCUGACCUGCUACUGCCUGGAGCCAAUUAGGAUUUACAGUCAAGCAACAAAAAACCCAGAAUGCCAAAGGUUACCCACCCUCUUGCCCCAAGUACUAACCUGGAAAGUGACUUUCUUAAAAAAGCAAGUGAAUGCUUUCUGUGAACUUUGUCAAGUUUUUCUUUUUUAGGUGCAAUUUUACUCUGAAAAAGGAGCCGCAGCAUAACAUAGGAAUUUUGAAACUUUGCCAGAAGCCAGGGAACACAGUGCCCCUCCUGCUUAACACUGGCAAAAACUUGGCAGAUGAACUGAAAUUUUGCAACAUGUUUUACAGGCCACAAAAGCUCUGACACUUACUAGUGCACAGAGAAAAAGACUUUUGAAAAAUCUCAGCUGGCAAAACUUAACCCAAGGAACAGAACUGUUAACCCCUUGCGAAGUUUCUUGCCAUGCUAUCCCCUUUGAGUUACUAUGCCUUGUGUGUGAAUGUUAUCUAUCAAUUUGUUCUGCGCAGUCACUGCUGUGUCUGUUUUUCUCUUCUCUUGACAGGUAAACCGGCCAGAGACUGUCCUGUUAUCUACAGCUGUUAAAGUCACUGGCAUCUGUGACACCUGAUCUACACUGCCCACCAGACUGGACCCAGACGCCCAGACAUCGCUCCAGCCUUGUUGGAAGGGACCCAAGAUGCCCAACGCCCACCAGACGACCCGACACCCACCAGACUACAGCCCUGCCUACGUCACUCCGGACGCUGACGUUUGGCACGGCUCCAGGAUCCAGCAUGGAUUGAAAGAGAACAUUUUCACAUUUUCUUUUCUUUCCCUUUGCAUGUUCAGUUUUAUAGAAGGUUGAGGGCCCCUGGAUAGCUUUACAACACCCCUGCAGAGGAGGGUAUUUGUGUGGGAUGUUCAAUCAGGGAAAUGACGCCCCAGCCUGCUUCCACCUGGCAGAGCUCCACCCAGAGCCUCCAGAACUUAACUGAAGCCCCCCUUGCACCACAGCACCGACUUGGUAAUAACCCUGUGCACUGUGCACGAAUGGCACAGAUAAGGCUAGGUUCACUGGAUUACUGGCUGGCUUUGUGUCAAUAAAUCAGAGAGCGCCAGUGACAAUCUGCAAUCGCACCUUCCCAGCCCAAAUCGUUACACCUGAGUCCACGCCAGGAACUUUUUCUGGCUGCAAUGUGGGCUUCAGAAGGGGGGGGGGUAUCUGCACGCAUGCUUCGCCCCCAGAUUAUAGCACUGGCCCAAGUAUACCAGCCUGUACCUUCCUGGGACGAGCAGCCUGUACCUUCCUGGGACGAGCCUUUUUAAGAAAAAAGCUGUCCAAAGAUUAAGAGGGGGGAAUGAAGGAAGGUGAGGACAGGUGACCUCACCUAGGCCCGAAGUCAUGAAGGGGUACAGUUAGGGUUACCCCAGAAAGCCCUAAAAACUGUUUGUGAAUUCCCCCCCCCACAGCCAGGCCUCGGAGUACGCAUUUUAAAAACUACAUUUUCCUCUAAGACAAAAAGCAUGAGCUAAGCAGUCCUCUCUGUAACAAAAACGCUGUAACAAACCCAGAGCUGAGAACAGUAAAGCUUUUCGCUUCCCAGAUCCAAGAUAACCUUGUCCUGGUACAUUGAUUUGCAACAUACUUCCAGGAACAGAGCCAGAGAACGAAAAGCAACAUUUCUAUGUAAGAAUCUGUGAAGGGGGGAGAGGAAAAAAGGGGUUUGAAAAAAGGAUAAAACCUGCUUGUAAAAUGUUUUCGGCAUGGCCUGUCUUUUGUGAACUGAAUCACACAGGUGCCUCUGCCCCCCCCCCCCCAUGGCAGAAUAAAACGCUCUUUCUCUGGAUUAACCCCUUGGUGUCGUUUGGCUCCUUUUGUCUCUGCUCGGGUACAACAAUUAUUCCUACCCAUGGAUUAAAAAGGCUACAGUCACCCGCCACCAAAGCAGGCUCAAAGCUUCUCAAAGCUUUUCAAAAUCAUUUUUCUCAGCAGCAAAGCAUCAGAAACAUUCCGCUCUUCUGUAACAAAGGUAGAGAACAGUCCAUUGUUUCUCAGGCCUUUCUCAUGUCUUCUGGCCUUGCUAAAGAACCACACUGCAACUUGCUUUCUGUCCGGGAACCAUGCCAAAGCCCAAGAAUGAAACAACUGGAACACACUGAAACCCCCUCACCCCCUUUCCUGCCAAGAGUCCACAAUAGUUCCAAGACAGCUUUCUGUACAUGCUCAGGGGAACACAUCAUGGG